AUGUCUGUCAUUGUAGCACUAGUCAAGAAACUCUGGUGUAUUAAGAGAUACAUUGUAUUGAUUGCAACUCCACUCAUUCUCCUGCCUAUACUAUUCACACUUCCACCAAAGGUAAGGAAUGCCUGUUAACCCCUUCAGUGCCACAGAGGUGAGAAAAAUCUAACUACUGAACAGAUUCUGAAAGAAUUCAAGUUAUUUGCUUGUUCCCAGUUGGGAAAAAAUAUAUUAGUUAUAGGUUAUACAUUAUAUGUUAAAAUGCUGCCCACAGUCCUCUGGUCCUUGAAGGGUUAAAACAGGGAGCUUAUUCUGCAAAGUUCUAAGGGUAGAGUUAUCACCAUGGAAACCAAUGGACUCAAUCCCUGCAGUGAAUUGAAUUAUUGUACACUUACAUUUAUGCACCCCCUUUUUUUUAAAGCCCCCCCCCCCCUCAAAGCCCCAAAUCUGUUUAGCUGGAUAUACAGAAUGUAAAUGUGUUUAUUCAAACCAACUGUUAUCUUGUUUUAUUGAUAGAGCAAACUGUUCAAUAAUCUAUUUAAAGAGUUAGUUUUGUAAAAGUUGGAAAAGUCUUUUUUUUUUUUUAAAUUGGACACUGUAUUCAUGUCAGUUUAUCUUCUGUUGAGUAUUUUAACCACCUUCAGAAAAAUGUUUUAUAUUAACUCUGACACCAGCAGCAUUAAAACUUUUUUCUUUUAUAUUUAUUCCACUACAAUUAUCCUUUUUUCCAUUUAGAGCACGCACACAUAUGAUAUAUAUUUUUUUAUUCAGGGACAUAUAAUGCUCUCUCUCUUUCUUUCUCUCUCUUAUAACUUAUCCUUAAUUACUAAUAAAAUAUAAAGGCAACACGUAAAUUCGAUUUCUUUGCCUACCUGCGACAGAAUAAUACAUACAUUCGCUAGUAACAUUUAUUUUGGGGGAUACAUUCAAUUUUUAACUAUUUUAUCAACUCCGGUGCAUUGCUGUUUCUAAGCUAAUAGUUUUCAUAAUGUUUUAUUGUGGGCUUGUAAGUUUAAAAGUGUCAUAAAUUCAAAUAAGAUACAAAAGUAUUUUUUUUUUUAAAGUAGACACCUAGGAGCAUUUAUCUCUUUGACAUCUCUUGUGUGGUCAUUUUGCCUCUAAUAUUUAGUUUAUUAGACUUUAGUUUUGGUUUGGUUUUGCACACACAAACAAAUUAUAUUUUUGCUUUGUAUUUUGUAAGAAAUAAGUGAUCUGCAGGAAUCAUCGCAAUUCAGUUAAAGUGACCCUGUUAUGGCGGUAUUGAUUUUGAGAAAGUCUUAGCAAUCUUUAUGAAGUUUCAAUGCAAUAAAAAUAUAUUUGAGACAAAGUGAGGUCUACUUUGCAUUGUAGUCAUGUCCCAAGUUGACAAAACUUGACAAAAGAUGGAUCAUCCCUUGUCAAGAUUCAACAUAGCUGUCUCCAGCAAUGGCUGUGAGAAUAGGGAAACUUUGGAUUUCAAAGUCUUGUAGGUUUCACACUAGACCCCAUUGGUGUACCUUCACACACUGUACACCACUAAAGUGGCUUGGUGUUUAAGAAAGAAUAUCGUGUUGUGAAGGACAGUUUCAUGUAAGUAUAUCUCCCUUCUAUACUAUCUUUGGACUGCGGUGGGAUUGUCACCUUCUGGAGUCUUUACAAAAUAUGCAAAGAGACUUGGAAGUGGCUUUGCUGCUGUAAAUAAUAUCCUGUGUACACAGGUUUGCCAACAACUUUGUGAUUUUUUUGGACCAAUUUAAUGGAGCACUGCAAAAAACCAUAAGCACUACAGCAUGAUGUAGUGGUUAUGGUGCCAGGAGUUUCCUAGUGCCCAUUGGUUCAGGGUUUAAAAUUUCCAUGAAAUUGUAACACUGGGGAGUAGAAAUAGACCCCAGAUGACUGUGACAUAGACCCUCUAAGCUUGCAAUGGUGCGUAACUUUGAAAGCCUGGUUAGUGGUGUGGGACUUUAAAUUGUAAGCCCUGGUUUGACUUCUUUCUUGUGCUCCACCUAGAAAGUGAUAGUUUUUCUGCAUUUUAACACGCAAUUUGUGUUGCAUUUAAAAAAAAAACAAAUGUUAAGCCCUAUGUUUGCAUUACUAGUACAAUAAAGGAAUGACAUUCACAUAUGGGUUUGUUGUAUUUUUAAGCUUCAGGGCCAAAUCUGAUUUCAGUCUUUUUUGGGUCUUUGACUAAUUUGAUUAAAGGACCACUAUUGGCAACGAGACCACUUCAGCUCAAUGAAGUGGUCUGGGUGCCAGGUCCCCCUAGUUUUAACCCUUCAGAGAAACUGCUAUGUUUGCACUGCAGGGUUAAUCCAGCCUCUAGUGGCGCUUCCGCAAUUUACACUGAGUAAAUCGCACUUAUUUGACACUGGAUGUGCUCACGGACCUCCAGUGUCAAAAAGAUCCCCACAGGAAAGCAUUGAGUAAUGAUUUCCUAUGGGCGGGUUAGAAUGCGUGCGUUCUUCUGGCCACGCAUGCGCAUUCAGCUCCACUCGGGAGCUGACGUCGAAAGAGGAGGAGAGGUCACCACUGCCAAGGGAGCCUGGCGCUGGAUUAAGGUAGAAAAUAAAUGGUUAAUUAACUAUUUAUUCAAUGCCGAACUGGGGCUCUAGUCACCGACUAGAGCAUUUUUGUAUUCCUAACACUAUAGUGUUCCUUUAAUUUCAGUAGCCCACCAUUUAAAUAAAUAAAUUAAAAAAGACACCGUAAGGAACAUUUGUGAAUGCACUUUAGAGUCAAGGAUGGGUUUCUACUUAUUCUGAGUGUUUAUACAGCAAUCGGUGCUAUAUUAUAUUAUAUUUUACUUUGUGUUUUUAUAAGGUCUGUAAUGAAAACAAAAGCAUAUUUUUUUCAAAUUUCACUGUGUGGCCACUUUUUGCAUGUCCUUGUAAGAAUUUGACCAAAAUUGUGUUCUGGAACAUUCUCAAAAUUCAUGCCCGCAAGCGUAAAUGUAAUGUGUUUUCAGCUACAGAAUAUUGUAACGCACGACACACCAGUAGGUGAAGUGGAACCACACCACAAAUGUGCAUGAAGUGCUGUAAUGUCAUGUAGUAAAUAAACAGCGAUUCCUGCUUUUUUAGGAUACGAGAUCACUACCACGGCGAAUCUCAGGUAGUUAUUAUUAUCGCCAUGUAUAUAGCGCUAACAGAUUACGUAGCGCUUAGUUCUAACAGACACCGAAAACAAUGAAGGGGCACUUUAACUUAAAGCACCUUAAUUACCACAGCCCACUGUGGUUAUGGUGUGAACCCAAUGGCCAGAAAGUGUGCCUAUCAGUGUAUUGCAAGAUAUAUACGUAAAACUUACAUUGUGUGCUCUGCAGACAUUUUGGAGUACACUGACUGGACCAUUUUCUCUCCAUGUUGAUUCCCUCCCAGAAUACUUAUUCACAAAAUCCAUCUGAAACAUCACAUUAAUGAAUUUUGGAAUACCCAAACAAAAAACUUUUUUUUUUGAAGGAACCACAUUUUUCUGCCAUGCACAAGUGUAAUAAAUAUUGUUCAUGUAAUGUCGCAAAGAGGCUUACACUAAUUAAAUUCGACUAAAUUCGGGCAUCCCCCAAAUCUAAAUUUGCCCCCCCAAUUCGUGUCAAGGCCACUUUUUUGAGUGACCAUCAUUGAUACACUCACUGACAAAUACACAGUAUUUUGCCAUGUAUGGAAUGCAGAAGGACCUCCUUUGGGAGGACUUUUCUCCUCUCCCGUGUCAGUCAAUUCUUUCGUACAGAAUAACUGAGUGACAGGUGGGAGGAGAAUCUAUUUUUAAAUGGGUUUUUCUCACAAUCUAUACAUCUAUACAUAGGCCAUCAUUGAUACACUAACUGACAAAUACACAGUCAUUGGCACACACACUGUUUAACCAACCCACACUUCACUGGCAGACACACCCACACUUUCACUGACACCCACUCACUGACAUACACAUCCUCACUGAUUUGACACACUCUGACAGACACACCUACACUUUCAUUCACUCACAGACACACACUGACAGCUCGCGCCGCGCUUAGUGAUACCGGGGCCACAUCAUAUUCCGGCUACCAGCAUCACAGAAGGGCACAUGCGAAAGCAAGAAGAGUGGAGGCCACCCGGCUAGAAUAUUUUCACCUCGUGGGGGCCCUAAGGUGGACAGCCCCAGGACACGAAAAAAAACAGUUUGCCUUGUGGUAAAUACAGCCCUGGGACACAUACCUAGAUCAAACAGGGGAACAUGUAUUGCAUAGGUCUGCUGCAGCUUACAAGGUAUCUCAAACACACAAAUAAAUGGUAGUUUGGGAAGGAAUUCUCAAGGGAACACACACAGGUAUGACUUUGUCUGCAUGUGGGCCCUUGAGUAGGCCCAUACCUUAACGAUGUGAAAACAUCGUCAGUGGCAAAGAAGGUAAGUAUGUUUUAUAAUUAACUCAUCUGGAUUCCUCACUUGAAUAGGCCCUUCUGUAGUCUUUAUUGAGGUAGAGGAACCAGGACGUGUAACUUUUAGAAAACUGACAAUUCCUCUUUAAAAGAGCACUCAUGGAAUGGCGAAACAACUACAUCUUGAUAUACUGGUUUUGGCGUACAGACACUGCUCUCUGACUUGGAUAACAAGAAAAACAUGGAUCUUUUUUGAAUAUGUAAAUUUUUACAUUUGUAUGAGAACACACCUCUAGUGGCAGACGGACAGCCAGCCAACAGUAGCACUUCAACCUUAAAGGACCACUCUAGGCACCCAGACCACUUCAGCUCAAUGAAGUGGUCUGGGUGCUAGGCCCCUCUAGGAUUAACCCUUUUUUUAAUAAACAUAGCAGUUUCAGAGAAACUGCUAUGUUUAUGUUAGAGUUAAUCCAGCCUCCAAAUCCUCUAGUGGCUGUCUCAGUGAAAAUAACAGUGAGAAGACGCAAUUGUCCAUAGGAAAGCAUUGUAGAUGAGACCGGCUGAAUGCGCGUGCAGCUGCUGCCGCGCAUGCGCAUUCAGCCGAAGAGGAGGAUAGGAGGCGGAGAGGAGGAGGAGAGCUCCCCGCCCGGCGCUGGAAAAAAGGUAAGUUUUAACCCUUUCCUCUCCCCAGAGCCGGACGGGAGGGGGACCCUGAGGGUGGGGGCACCCUCAGGGCACUAUAGUGCCAGGAAAACGAGUAUGUUUUCCUGGCACUAUAGUGGUCCUUUAAGACAUUUGGUCAUUCAGUGUCAUCGCUCACGGAUUCCAAAAAAAAACUAAAACAAAAAAAGACACUCUAAAAUUAAAAAUUAAAAAGUGUAUUUUUUUUUUUAAUUUUAGAGAACUAAGUUCCUCAGUUUGUAUUAAAUAGCACAGCGCUAUUUUAGCCAUAUAAAUUAUAUGUCAAUGUGUGGUCACACAUUUUGUACCUUAAAUAUAACCUUUUAUAUAAACCCUUAAUCUAUAUCAAUAGCUAGUCUAUAACGAAAGUUUAUUUUUUUUUUUUCUUAGUGUUCUGACAAGAAUAUGUUACUGGGAUCUGCAGAAUGUAAGGGUUGUGUAUAUAUACCAAGUAAAUCCCUGGCAUCCAUUGUUUUCUGUAGGAGGAUAACAUUUAAAUAAGAUAAGAUUUGAAACAUAUUCUUGGCAAGGUGAAAGGCAUAACCAUUAUAAAGUGAUUUUACACAUUAUUUAAAGGAUUACAUAACAUUUUAUGUAAACAUCCCAUUGUACAGCGCUACGCAAUUUGUUGGCGCUAUAUAAAUAAUAAAAUAAUAAUAAUAAUAACAUAGAGCUGUCGCCCUGUGAAAAGGUCAAGACAGGCCCCUUAUUCUUUUAUUUCAAUCCACAACCAACUCCCUCUGCCUUACGUCUUAAAGAAUACCUUUAUGCGGUUUAAAUUGCUAGCAAAUGUAUAGAUUGGGGGAAAAACCUUUUUGAAAAUAGGUCUUUCUCCCACUUCAGUUAAUUCUUUGGAAAAGACUCUAAGCCAAACGAUUGAGUGACAGGGAGAGCAGAAUAGACCUCCCAUAUGUGGUCCUUUUGCACGCCAUGCAUAGCAACCACAGUGCAUGUGCUGUGGUUGCUAUGGUUACAGUGGCUAGGGAGUUUAGGAACUUUAGUGAGCCCCAGUACAAAUAUGUAAUAUAGGGCAUACCACCCAACUGUCUCGACUCCAGUGGGACAGUCAUUAUUCUUAGCAUUAUUAUACUGUAGUUGUUCUGGUGACUAUAGUGUCCCUUUAAAGCGGCACUGUCACGCCGAACUUACCUUUCUCCUAUUGUUUCCUCUUCUCUUCCUCUCUCAGGAUACGUACUUCUUUUUUAUUGCAGAUAUAGUUUUCUUUAAGACAUGUUUUUUUUCCUGGAGCUGACAUUCAUUGACACAAGGAGGAGCUUAAGUCAUCUCCACUUCCUGUGUUAAGGAGGAGGGUGAAUACUUUCUCUGACACAGGAAAUGGAGCUGACUUAAAGGGACACUAUAGGCACCCAACCCACUUCAGCUCAUUUAAGUUGUCUGAGUGCACCGUCUCAGGUCCCUUAACCCUGCAAUGGUAAUUAUUGCAGUUUCUAUUUCUAUUGCAAUAAUUAACUUUCAGGGCUAACUCUACUUCUAGUGGCUGUCUACCAGACAGCCACUAGAGGGAUUUCUGGCCUGUUACCCAUGGAUCCAGAAAUUGCUCUGUAAGUAGGUCAGUUAGGCGACUGCCUAAGGCCUAUCACUUCCAAGUCAGGUCAUCCAAUACCACAUGUAGGCCAUAGAUGGGAGGUCAGCUUCCCGUUAAGAACAGAGAUCACCUCCUCCGACACCAGUGUGUGUAGAUUUUGCAAGUAGUUGAAUAAUGUAGGGUGUAGCAGAACCCCAAGCACUGCAUCUCCAUGUCCACGGCUCCAGGCCUUGAAGGGGGCCUCAUGUCCAUAGAUCCCACAGCUCCAGGUGGCAGGAUCUUGUGUCCACAGGGUAUCCUGCACUCGGACACCCCCAUGGGUGUAUGGACGGCAGCCCUGUCGUCGCUUCAGGCCAGCCCCUGGCCCAGAAGAGGAACGGAUUGUGCAGGCACCUGUCAUGGGCAUCGGAGUGGCAAAAGGGUUGAGUACUUCUUGUCUGUCGUGGAUUCUACUCCAGAACUUCUGGCAUGUUGUGUCAAAUCGCGCUUCAAAGGACACUUUCCAGUCCUGGCUUGUGAUAUCUGGUCGGCUGGGCUGAAGUUCCAACACGGUGGCCAUCUUGGUUGCGCCUCGUGGCUUUAAAGGCACCAGUCAGUCAGGGGUAUCUCCACCUCCGAGUCUGUAAUACCCAGUGGGGACUGGGAUAACCCCCACUGGUCCAAAGGGGGGGAGUAGCAGGGCUGUAGGAUCACACCUCAGUGCACCCUAUCGGCGUCGGGAGAUCGGCCGCUUUUUCCCUCCUCCAGCACGGCAUGCACAGUAGUCCACACAGACAGUCAGAGCUUUUGCUCAGUCUAAGGAUUCAGGUCAGGAACAAUAACAUCUGUCCCUCCACAAAGCCGUGCGAGUGUGGUUAAAAAAAUAGAUUUUAGCCCAAACUGACAGGAACUAUAGAUGACCACGUCUAGCUAUAUUGGAUGUCAGCCCCCCCAUUUUAUUACAAAUGUUUAAUUAACCCAUGGGCAAAUUUCUAUUAGUGGAUGACCAUAAACAAGUUUGUACAGUACAGGUAUGCUGACCAUCUUAAUUCUAGAGUACAUGAUGGCAAACUAUACAGCAGAUAUACAGAACAACUCUACGUGUUGAUACAGUGCAGGUAUGCCAUUUGUCAUCAUUUCCGUCAUACUGGCCUCUUACUUCUGAAGCUGUGCCCUUAAGGGGUUAAAGGGUUAUGGAUUACAAACUGUUUAGCAAAGAAAUGCAAAACAGCCGUUUAAUUGGGUAUUCUAUUUAAGUUGAUUGCUCCAGUUUCUACCCAUGUUGAAUUCGCUGUUAAAACAAUGGAUGAUUUGUAGGGAAAGUGAUUUGUCAGCAACAUAAUCUGGCAGCGCUUGGCUGUCCCAGAGGGCCGUGCAAAACUAUAGCUUCAGCUCCCGUUCUUAAAAAAAGAUUUGUACACUUUAAGUGCCAAUGAGGCUGGCAUUGCUCAUCUGUUCACAAAAAAACAAUAUCACAGUUUUUUUCCAUGCCAGCUGCUUUUGCCAACAUGGAUUUUCCAAAUCUAGUAAAAUAUGUGUAUGUGUUAAUGGUUCUGUAAUCCACCUUAAUCCAAUUUUGUUCAACAGUGGUCUAAAUCUGAUUAACAUUUUCUGUGGUAUUAAAAAUAAACCUUUCAUUCAUCGUUUGGGUUUAGUAACCAAAAAUACAUCGUUUUGCAUGGGCACAGAGAAAGUAAAUAAAAAUACAGAGGGCAAAUUGGUUUUAAAGGGACACACUAAGCAACAUUAAACACUACUCACACCACUCUCAGCCUGAAACAAUAAGAGUGGAUGACACUGGACGGGUGCAAAUGUGACAUUUUUGGGAGUAAUCUUUAGCAAGUAUGCUCACCCAUUACUGAUGCCCAUAUCGGGCACAGUUGACAUUAAAGUGAACAUGUGACAUGUAUACUAAAUUUGUCGAAAUCGCCCUCAUAUACAUUAAAUGUAUCACAUAUUACAAAGAUACAUCAUGUAUUCAAUGUAAAUUGUCAAGUUAUAAUCACCUCCUCUUCUGGGCCACCAUUUUCUUCAUGGGCAUUACUCUUUGUGCAACACCCACCUCGGGUUCUCCCCUUUCUCCUCCUGCAGUUUUCUGUGAUUUGCCCCGCUUGGUAGCACUUCCCCGAGAAGGGCAAAAGUCCUGUGUGAUGACGACACAUUGGAUCAUCAUACUGGAGAACAAAUUUGGAGGCUGACGCGAUGAAUAAUGCAAUUAGGAGGCUAUUUUUAUUCGGAGACUGUGAACAUAGAAAAACACCAAUCACAGUAAUGUUUCUACCGUAGCCUUAAUCAUGCAUUUCGAGAAUGGGCCAACGUUGCAGUAAUUGGUGUUUUUCUAUGUUUUUUUGUCUCCGAAUAAAGAAUAAGAUAGCCUCCUAAUUAUUAUUCACAGUGUUGCCCUCAGAAUUUGUUCGCUUGUAUUUCCCUUGUGGGAAAUCCGUGGGUCAUCCUGAUUCGGUGGAGCACCAGGAAGCAGAAUGCAAAUUUUGAGGCUGCUGGGCGUUUGAGCCCAUUUCCUGAGUGCACGCUCAAUUGUGACGUUACCAUGGCUGCAUCAGUCACUCCAUUCCUAUACUCCUUAGGGAGUGGUAGAAGUGUUGGCUAGAGAAUUAUCAUAAUAACCACAGCGUAUGCUAUAUGCUUGCCAUGUAUGGAGUGCAGAAGGACCUCCUUUGGGAGGACUUUGCUCCUCUCCCGUAUCAGUCAGUUCUUUGGCACAGAAUAAUUGAGUAACAGGUGGGAGGAGAAUCUAUUUUUAAAUGGGUUUUUCUCACAAUCUAUACAUUUACUUGUAAAACUGCUAACACAAUGCAUAUAUAGAAUGGUAUCAUCUUUCAAAAGAGCAUAGGUUUUCAUAGUCAUGACAGGUACCCUUUAAAAUGUCAUGGAGAAUCCUGUUUAUUUAGUUUGACAUAAAAUGGGGGUGUGAGGGAGCAAGGGGGAGAAGAGAUGGCGAAUAGCAGCCAGAUACCUUAGAAACCAUAAUUACUACACCAAGCUGUAGUGAUGUUGCUGCUUAGAGUACAAGUUUGAAAACAAAUCGCUAUGAAUGUGACUAUCUGUUAUCUUUCAUCUCAUACACAUCGCAUAUUACUGUGUGUUGUGAUACACUCAUACAUACAGCAUAUUACUCUGUGAUUUAUUCUCUAAACACUGCACUGUUGUUGAAAAACAAACUGCAAACUUUAGGCAAAAAAUGGCUGAUUUGGAAACAAAAUAUCGAAACUUCGCUGUAGUCACAGUUGGGCUAUUUCAGUCUACGUUUCACAUUUCAUUUUUAAGCUCAAUUCAGUGCUUAGUCUAUAGCUCAGUGAAUUUUAUUUCUGUGGAGCUCUGGGAUACACAUAGAAACAUAGAAUGUGACGGCAGAUAAGAACCAUUCGGCCCAUCUAGUCUUCCCAAUUUUCUAAAUACUUUCAUUAGUCUCUAGCCUUAUCUUAUAGCUAGAAUAGCCUUAUGCCUAUCCCACGCAUGCUUAAACUCCUUUACUGUGUUAACCUCUACCACUUCAGCUGGAAGGCUAUUCCAUGCACCCAGUACCCUCUCAGUAAAGUAAUACUUCCUGAUAUUAUUUUUAAACCUUUGCCCCUCUAAUUUAAGACUAUGUCCUCUUGUUGUGGUCGUUUUUCUUCUUUUAAAUAUAGUCUCCUCCUUUACUGUGUUCCACAGCACACUCUUGCACACUGCGUACUACAUAGUAAUAUGUAAAUAGCAAGAUAACAUUCGAUUUUUGAAUCCUUCAGCAUUUUUCUUUUCUUGUAUGUUGGUGCCCUGUAAACACUUUAGUUUCUUUGAUGAUAAGAAAAACCUUUUGUUUUAAAUAAUUUACUUAGGGACCCAGCAUUCAAGGCUAUCUGCUUGUUAGUUCAGCUGUUGAAAGCAUUGUAUGUGGAUUACAUAUAGUAAACCAUAAAUUAACCCCAUCACUACCAAGUUCUAUCUGUUUACAAAAAAAUUGCGUAAGAAUUAAAUUUUUUAGAUUUAUUUUAUAUUAUUUAAAAAAAAUAAAAAUAACAUUGUUUCUAAACAUCACCUCAUUUAUAAGACUUGAUAGUUUAUAGCCAAAACACAACUUGCUCCUGUACACCAUGAUAGAUAGAAUACUUAUAAAACAUAAAAAAAAAAAAUCUUUUUUUUUUAAAAGGACAAGGGUAAAAUUAAGGACAAAUCCAGGUGGGAGAUAAGAAGUUAAAAUGGUGGGACAAAGCAGGUGUGGGGAUUGUGGAAGAUACAGGAAGCAAUGUGAAUGACAUUAAAGGGACACCAGAGGCACCGAAACUCUAGCCCAACAAUGCUGCCUUAGUGUGUAGAUCAGGGGUAGGCAAGCAUAAUCAUUUCUAAUACACCAGAUGCAUGGAUACUACAGGUGAUACUCGAAAAAUUUGAAUAUCGUGCAAAAGUUCAUUUAUUUCAGUAAUGCAACGUAAAAGGGGAAACUAAUAUAUGAGAUAGACGCAUUACAUGCAAAGCAAGAUAGUUCAAGCUGUGAUUUGUCAUAAGUGCGAUGAUUAUGGCUUACAGCUCAUGAAAACCCCAAACCCACAAUCUCAGCAAAUUAGAAUAUUGUGACAAGGUGCAAUAUUCUAGGGUCACAGUGUACCACUCUAAUCAGCUAAGUAAGCCAUAACACCUGCAAAGGGUUUCUGAGCCUUUAAAUGGUCUCUCAGUCUGGUUCAGUAGGAAUCACAAUCAUGGGGAAGACUGCUGACCUGACAGUUGUGCAGAAAACCAUCAUUGACAUCCUCCAUAAGGAGGGAAAGCCUCAAAAGGUAAUUGUGAAGGAAGUUGGAUGUUCCCAAAGUGCUGUAUCAAAGCGCAUUAAUAGAAAGUUAUGUGGAAGGGAAAAGUGUGGAAGAAAAAGGUGCACAAGCAGCAGGGAUGACCGCAGCCUGGAGAGGAUUGUCAGGAAAAGGCCAUUCCAAAGUGUUGGGGACUUUCACAAGGAGUGGACUGAGGCUGGAGUCAGUGCAUCGAAAGCCACCACACACAGAUGGAUCUUGGACAUGGGCUUCAGAUGUCGUAUUCCUCUUGUCAAGCCGCUCCUGAACAACAAACAACGUCAGAAGCGUCUUACCUGGGCUAACGAAAAACAGACCUGGUCUGUUGCUUAGUGGUCCAAAGUCGUCUUUUCUGAUGAGAGCAACUUUUGCAUCUCAUUUAGAAACCAAGGACCCAGAGUCUGGAGGAAGAAUGGAGAGGCACACACUGCAAGAUGCUUGAAGUCCAGUGUAAAGUUUCCACAGUCUGUGUUGAUUUAGGGAUGUCAUGUCAUCUGCUGGUGUUGGUCCACCGUGCUUCAAGUCCAGGGUCAAUGCAGCCGUCUACCAGGAGAUUUUGGAGCACUUCAUGCUUCCUUCCGCAGACAAGCUUUAUGGGGAUGCUGACUUCAUUUUCCAGCAGGACUUGGCACCUGCCCACACUGCCAAAAGCACCAAAGCCUGGUUCAAUGACCGUGGGAUUACUGUGCUUGAUUGGCCAGCAAACUGGCCUGACCUGAACCCCAUAGAGAAUCUAUGGGGCAUUGCCAAGAGAAAGAUGAGACCGAGCAAUGCAGAAGAGCUGAAGGCUGCUAUUAAAGCAUCCUGGUCGUCCAUAACACCUCAACAAUGCCACAGACUGAUAGCUUCCAUGCCACGCCGCAUUGAGGCAGUAAUUGCUGCAAGGGGCCCAAACCAAGUACUGAGUCCAUAUGGAUGCUUAUACUUUUCAGAGGUCCGAUAUUGUUCUAUGUACACUCCUUGGUUUAUUGAUUGCAUGUAAUAUUCUAAUUUACUGAGAUUGUGGAUUUGGGGUUUUCAUGAGCUGUAAGCCAUAAUCAUCGCACUUAUGACAAAUCACGGCUUGAACUAUCUUGCUUUGCAUGUAAUGCGUCUAUCGCAUAUAUUAGUUUCCCCUUUUACGUUGCAUUACUGAAAUAAUAAAUAAAUGAACUUUUGCACGAUAUUCUAAUUUUUCGAGUAUCAGUUGUAUAUAAAGAAUAUACAUUUACAGCCGGUGAGGGAUACUUAAAUAUAGUAUAAGGAUUUACACAUUUAGAUUUUUUUAUUAGGAGGAUAAAUGAGACGUUAUUGUAUCUCUUAUCUGGCAAUAAUGUAGACAGUUUCUUAAAGCAGAAAUAAUGAGAGCUGGAAAUAGAAACACACUGUAACUCUGUUGCAUACGUUGUGUUUUACAGACAUAAAUAAUUAAAGGGACACUAUAGUUAUCAUAUCAGCUACCUUUUAUUGCAUUUGUUCUGCAUUUGUUAAUUAUUCCUGUCAGGCUUUUUGCCAGAGAAAAGGCAGUAUUUACAUUGCAGCCUAGGGAAACCUCCACUGGCAACUCUUUAGACGACUGCUAGAGGUGCUUCCUGGGGCAGUGCUGCACAGUGUGACUGACAUUCAGUGUCUCCACCAUCCUAUGUGAAAGCUUUGUGAUUGGCUGAGCUCACCACUUCUGAUGAUGUCAGCCAAGCAAGCAGAUCAGGGGCAGAGCCAGCAGAAGCAAAUUGGAAUAAAGGCACAAUUUUACUAUAUUUAGGGAGGUGGUGGGAAGGGGGGGGGGGCUAUAUGGUAGUUUUAACACUAUAGGGUCAGGAAUACAUGUUUGUGUUCCUGACUUUAUAGUGUUCCUUUAAAUGUAAUAAUUAUUUGUAUGAAACCUGACUGUAUUACCUGUUUGUAGGAAUGAUGCUGUUAUUGUAGAUUAUGCUAAAGUAGUGUAUUAUUAAUCUUCAUUUUAGUAAUUCGAGGAGGUGUCACAUUUUUAGAGUUUAAAUGCAUGACACUCCCAUUUACAAACAUACAAUCCCUCUCCUCUGCCUGAGAGAUAAUUGAGUCAGAUACUGUAUUAAAAACACAUAUUUUUAUAAAAACCCCAAAGUAUCCCCAAAACACAUAAUAUCCCCACAAAUGUUACAUCCCCUGGUAGCCCUGAUCUGGGUGACCAACAUCCAAAAUAAUCGAGCCAGAUCAGUUCAGGGGUUCAGGAAUUCUAUGGAAGUCACAUUUUGACCGACCGCACGCAUGGUCCCAUGCCCAAAACAGUUCCAGAGAAUCAGGUUGUGCGGUCGGUCUACUUUGGGGAUUCAAAGUGAAAUAUAAAAUACCAAACGUAUAACUUUGGGAGUUGUCUCAGUUCAUGUCUCUCGUUCGGGAGUUUAGUCUUACCGUUCGACUCCAGUUCGAAUAGCCGAAUAUCCGUGGAAGCUAAGUAGUUAGCGGUGUUCCUACCAUCGAGUGUCCGAUUUGAGUUCCAUGUACUCGACGACCAAACACCGCUCAUUGGGCUCGCGGCUUUAGAUGGCCACCACCACGUGUUCGAAUGACGCUUCGAACCGCUUUGAGAAUUUGAAGUGCUGCUUCACAAACAGUGUCUUUAACUCCAGUUAUUCCAGGAGCUUGUGACAAACUCAUGUAAAAAGGGGAGUUUGUCACAAAAGCAAAGGGACUUUGAUGGAUAAAAGGGUGAAAUGGAGAGAGUGGAGGUAGAUAGAGUGUUAGCUCAUAUGAACAGUGCCUUCUUCAUCUAAUUGUUUUUUGUCUGCCGACUUUAGUGCCAUAUAAAUGUCAAUAAUAAUAAUAAUAAUAAUAGUAUUAACAUGUAAUAGAAAAUAGCACAAAUGGCCUGAAAAGUUAAACUAAGGUACUCGGAACUGAAUAGGGGGAGUAUGUUUCAAAAGGAAUUGAUUUACCAGUCAAGAGAGGGGUCCCAGGACUUUAUGUUAGUGCUGGGCCACAAAAGAUAAAGUUUUCAUUUUGCUAUGGUAGGGAGUUUAGUAAAAAAACUUCCCAUGUUUUAGCGAAUUCAAAUCUAAAUUGAGGUUAAAAGAGUGAUCUGGACAUUUUAUCCAACUCAGUUUAAGUGAUAGUUUAAGCUUGGUUGUAAGCCCAAAUUUUGAAGUUUAGAUUUUAAUUUACUGGAGGAUGGCAUCAUGGGACUACAACCACCAUAAGCUUUAUAGCAGACUGUCCUGGAUUUUUGUAAUUUUUUUAAUAAUUGUAGUUUCAUCCAAGCAGUUAUACUAAGCUAUCAAACAUAUUUUACUUUCAGGAAGGAAAAUGCCUCUAUGUGGUGUUACUGAUGGCAUUUUAUUGGUGCACGGAGGCGCUACCACUGGCGGUUACGGCAAUGCUUCCAAUUGUCCUUUUCCCAUUUCUGGGGAUCCUUCCAUCCAGCAAAGUGUGUCCGCAGUACUUUCUAGAUACCAACUUCCUGUUUCUCAGUGGCCUUCUCAUGGCGGCAGCCAUUGAAGAGUGGAAUCUUCACCGGAGAAUUGCUCUAAAAGUCCUAAUUUUGGUCGGAGUCCAGCCAGCAAGGUACACACCAUUAUUUACUCUUCAUUAUUAUAUUAUAUUAUGUAUUAUUAGGGGUAGCUUUCAUUAUUGUUUAGAAACACUCAUUCUUAUUUUUUUUUAUGUGUUAUGUCGUGUUCAUGACCACUUUGAUGAUUUGUAAUGGUGGUUGUGAUCUGCAUGUUCAGAAUUCCAUGCAACGUAGUGUCAUCAGCUAGAGUUCCGAGCUUGCUAAUGUCAAUUCUGAGCUAACGAAUGUUGAUGACUGCACAUCACCAGAAGAGAGCAUCAGAGACCAGUGGGGACCCUGGUAAGUGGGCAAACCAUUGGUAAAAGCUUUGCCCCAUUAGUGGAGAACCGGCCAGGGUACUCCUGGUAUCAUAACCACUACACCGGUCUGUAGUGUUUAAGAAGCUUGGAGAAAUCCUUCUAGAACUUACUGUAAUAUUUUACUAUCUAGUUCCUGAAAUAUUAGGUAAUUACAGUUUGGAAUAGAAUCCUCAAAGAUCUGAUUGAAAUAAUGGCCUAGUCCAGAGGUGGCCAAACUCUAAUCCCCCCCCACCGGCCCCCAUGUGUCUUAUUUUCUCCCUUCACCCUUAUGUGUCUUACCUCCUCCUCCCCCAAAGUGCCAGCACACCUCCCCUGUGUAGCGUGGCCGAGCUGUGGGCUGGGAUAGAAGAGCUUGUUUCCCUUCACCUGAUCUGACAGGAAGUAGUUCGGUGCUCUCAUGUGUGCACUUCUUGUCAGACCGGGUAGAGGGAAAUAAGCUUGUAGCGGACCCCGGGUAACCCGACCUGUUACCUCCGCUAAUUCCUUCCCUCAGCCCCUCUGGAACCGCUUACAGUAUAAAGAUACCCAUUCCCCCAGUAACUGUACGAGACACAGCUCUGGGAGUACAACACGAUUUUAUUAUGCAAAACACGGCUUUUAUGCAUAACCCCUUGCAAGGGGUCUUCCACAAAGACACACAGGGGUUUCUAUCCCAGGAUCGUCUGUGCCUGGGAGCACAGGCGCGGGAAAAGGGACCUAGUCUCUUUGUCUCCCAGGUACAGAAAGCCCGCCCCACAUACAAGGGAUCUCCCACACAAAAACAACCGAGGUCUUCAUCCCGGGAUCCUCUGUGCUUGGGAGCCCGGGUGCGGCUCUUGUCCGAACUCCAGGCAAGGGAAGCGUCUCCUUUCGGGAUACGACUGCUCCCCCUGGUUGGCAUUCGUCUAUACGAAAUGGUGGCCACCCAGGGGAGCACUCAUUAAAUUACUUUUCUUGCUGUUUCACACCUAUGUUACAGGUGUGAACGCUCUAAUUAAUUGGGUGUGAACAUUCUAAUAGGGCACCAGGGUGGUCCCCGUUCGGGAGACGAAUGGGUUCUUUUCGUAUGGAGGCUCUUGAGAGAACAAGUCACAGCAAACAAAAUACAGGGAAAACACACAAUACAAGGGGGAACAUAUGAAUAAGCAGUGGUUCUGCUACAAAGCUCUUCUACCCUGCCUGUGGCCAAGAAAUGACCAGCAUGAGGGAUGCAGUGUGCUUCCCUCAUGCUGGUCAGACUGAUCCUUGGCUGAUGUGCCCUGUGAUGGCUGCCUGUGCAGGUUUUUUGUAGCGCUGGCCCUGAAGAGUUUUAUGAGCCUCACUGGAACUGGAACCAAAAGUCACAUGUGGCUCUGGCAUGAACUGUCCUUUAGAUGGUACAUUUUACCUCUCAUGGAUAUAGCAACUGAUGCACAAAGAGUAUACAAUUUCAACUCAAUAUUGUGCUAGUAGCCAUUAAAUGUACAGAUUUUUGUUUAAGAGAAUUAAAUUUAAAUAAAGGUCCUUCACCUGUCAAUCAAUUCUCAACAUUCAGAGUUCGGAUUACUGGCCUCGUUUAGCCAGUCUUUCUUUGACUGCGAGAUUGAGGACAUACCCGUGGCACAGUUACCAUUAUUGGCAGUGUGACUGUUUACAAAGGUGGAGUAACAUUCCAGCUCACAUGUACGCCAAGAUGGCAGGAUAGCGAUAAACAGACUUGUGCACAAAUGUGUUUCAGCUGGUGCGAACGACCUGAAUGCCAUUUAAUCUGCGCCUGAACAGAUUAAUCCAUCUGGAGAUAUGAUGAUACAAUAUAACUAAUGAAAGUGAAUGUGUUCGUUUUCUAGGCUCAUUCUGGGAAUGAUGAUGACCACAGCUUUCCUUUCAAUGUGGCUGAGUAACACUGCGUCAACGGCUAUGAUGCUUCCUAUUGCAAAUGCAAUCCUUAAAAGCCUUUUUGGAGAAAAGUUUUGUGAGGAGAGGGGAAUUACAAGCAAUGAGGAAAGCUCAGGUAAAAAUCUUGACUUUAAACAAAUCAUUAAAAAAAAAAUUAUUUUUUUAAUUUUUUUAUCAUUAUUAUAUAACAAGUAUUAUUCUGGAUAACUGCAUUUCUGUUUCCCUGAUUUUGAAUGCUAUGUUAAACUUUCAUUUUUAACCCAUAAAAACGCAAUUAUUAUAGACGGUAUGGAUGCCUGUAGGGGCCAAACCUAUUCAGAGUGAUUUUCAAUAAUUUUUACAGGUUUAUGCGGUUUAUUCAGUUAUUGUUGCUAUUGAAAAUCAAACGGCAAAAUGUAGGCUAAAGUUGCUAAUUUGGAAAAAGAGUACACUAUAAUCACACCUCCUAAAUUGUUCAGUUUUCAAAUCACUACGUGUCAAUGUUCAGUGAAUAAACGCCUCUACUAGUUUGAAGAUCGUCAAAGAGAACUAUUUCAGGGUAUUUAACAGAUUAUUUAGAACCCUCCUGUACUAACAUGUCCCCAGCAUUUUACAUUCAGGAGUAUUAUAAACUUGAAUUUUUAAAGACCGCUCGGAUGUUUUAGGCCAAAACAUCCAAACUCACAUAUUUUUCCACCUUGCCAACUUUGUUCUAAAAUCUAAAGUUUGUCAAUUAUCAACAAUUUCCGUUCAGCCCAUCUGAAAAUAUAGCUGAGACGAAAGACUAAAAUUUACCUCGGACUAAAAUUUGCAUAUCAUUCUCUGUUCAUAGCGCUGGGAAUUAUUCCAGAACAGGGUUAAUUAGGAGUAUUCCUCAUUCUUUUGAUGCAGGCCGAGAACAGCAGUAGGUCGAGAACUACAGUAGGUCGAAGGAUUCUGGAGGAGUGCAGCUGACAAUUCUUUUUCAGAAAAUAAACACUAGCUCAUCUAGUCUAUUAUGCAAUCUCAGAAUAUAAAAAAAAUCCGUGCAAGCCCUACUCAAACUACCAAUCUAACAAAGUUCUGUAAAACCACCUAAUUUAGAGCAAAACAUUUGAGUUAUGUACACUGCUUAAAAAAUAAAGGGAACACAAAAAUAACACAUCCUAGAUCUGAAUGAAUUAAAUAUUCUUCUGAAAUACGUUGUUCUUUACAUAGUUCAAUGUGCUGACAACAAAAUCACACAAAAAUAAAAAAAUGGGAAUCAAAUUUUUCAAUUUUUCAACCCAUGGAGUCUGGAUUUGGAGUCACACUUAAAAUUAAAGUGGAAAAACACACUAUAGGCUGAUCCAACUUUGAUGUAAUGACCUUAAAACAAGUCAAAAUGAGGCUUAGUAGUGUGUGUGGCCUCCACGCAGGCCCGGACUGGCCAUCGGGCACACCGGGCAAAUGCCGAGGCCGGCAGGGGAGGUCCGAGGAUCUCCCCUGCCGGUCUAUGCAGAGCCGGUGCUAUCCGAGCGCCGGCCCCGCUGUUUUUCAUGAAGGGCCGGUGGGGAGAUCAAAGAUCUCCCCUACCGGCCCACAUGCUGUAUAAUGUGGCCGCCAGCGGGGAGAGAGGGAGGGAGACAGCCAGGAGAGAGGACCCGGCGGAGCUCUAACUUAAAGCUCCGCCGGGUUCCUCUCGCGAGAUCCGGCACGUUGCCAUGGCAACGACCUGAUCUCGCGAGGGUGAACUCUAGCCCCACAGGCUAUGCGGGCUAGAGUUCACUCACCACGAGGACCACCAGGGAACACUGCCACCCCGCCUUCCAGUCACCAGUGUGCCGGUCCCCCCCCUCCCAGGCUAAAGGUAAGAAGGGGGGGAACAUAAUGCCUGCUUAGUUUAUUUGUUUAUUUACCCCCCUACACACACACAAUCCAUUCUAACAUUUAUACAGCACUCUCACACCCAUCACACACAGCACUCUCACACACCCAGCACUCUCUCACACCCAUCACACACAGCACUCUCUCACACAGCACUCUCACACCCAGCACUCUCACACACCCAGCACUCUCUCACACCCAUCACACCAGCACUCUCUCACACAGCACUCUCACACCACAGCACUCUCACACUCACACACAGCACUCUCUCACAGCACUCUCUCACCCAGCACUCUCUCACACCCAGCACUCUCUCACCCAGCACCAUCACACACAGCACUCUCACACACAGCACUCUCUCACCCAUCACACACAGCACUCUCUCACACAGCACUCUCACACAGCACUCUCUCACAUAGCUCUCACACCCAUCACCCACAGCACUCUCUCACACCCAGCACUCUCUCUCACACAUCACUCUUCACAGCACCUCACACACAUCACACACCGCACCCUCACACACACACAUACUGCACCCCUCACAUACACACAGAACCCCCAACACACUGCACCACACACAUACACAUUACUUCCAAAUAUAUAUAUAUAUAUAUAUAUAUAUACACAUAUACACAUACACACACUAGAUUCUUGUAAGCAAACACAUACUACACCCUAAACACACACUACAUCACCUAUACACACACACAGUCACACACACACUAUAGCCUGCACACACACUCUCGCUAUAUCCCCACACACACAUUCUCUACAGCCCCUAGCCACAUAUGCAUUACAUUACACCACAAACACAACAUGACUAAAACCGACCUUAUUACACAAUACCACACUACACCAGCUCACUCUACACACACGCAAUACCACAAGCAGGCUCCAAACACAUGCACAAUACUCUUUUCUGGCAUUUUUGUCUCCUGGUAUCCAUUUAUAGAGACACCAGAGACAAGAUGCAAGGAAACACAGUGCACGAUGUUAUUAAAUUUGCUUGCACCUGUGCAGAACAAAUACAGAGCUUUUUUCUCAUGCUAGAGCUCUUCAGCAGAGCUCUGCGCAUGGUCUGCCCUGGGAGAGCAUUGAACCAACAUGCUCACUUUGAGAGGGGGCAUGUUUGUCAUUGGUGAUGACAAAACACACCUCCUCUGCCCCGCCCCCUUCUUAGUGGGCCGCUGUGGUGAAAAAAUGCCCGGGCCGAAUUUUUCUCCCAGCCUCCACGUGCCUGUAUGACCUCCCUACAACGCCUGUUCAUCAUCCUGAUGAGGUGGCGGAUGGUCUCCUGAGGGAUCUCCUCCCAGACCUGGACUAAAGCAUCUGCCAACUCCUGGACAGUCUGAGGUGCAAUGUGACAUUGGUGGAUGGAGCGAGACAUGAUGUCCCAGAUGUGCUCAAUUGGAUUUAGGUCAGCUGAAUGGGCGGGCCAGUCCAUAGCAUCAAUUCCUUUGUCGUGCAGGAACUGCUGACACACUCCAGCCACAUGAGGUCUAGCAUUGUCUUGCAUUAGGAGGAACCAAGGGCCAACCGCACCAGCAUAUGGUCUCACAAGGGGUCUGAGGAUCUCAUCUCGGUACCUAAUGGCAGUCAGACUACCUCUGGCGAGCACAUGAAGGGCUGUGCGGCCCCCCAAAGAAAUGCCACCCCACACCAUUACUGACCGAAACCGGUCAUGCUGGAGGAUGUUGCAGGCAGCAGAACGUUCUCCACCGUGUCUCCAGACUCUGUCACGUCUGUCACAAGUGCUCAGUGUAAACCUGCUUUCAUCUGUGAAGAGCACAGGGCGCCAGUGGCGAAUUUGCCAAUCUUGGUGUUCUCUGGCAAAUGCCAAACGUCCUGCACGGUGUUGGGCUGUGAGUACAACCCCCACCUGUGGAUGUCGGGCUCUCAUACCACCCUCAUGGAGUCUGUUUCUGACCUUUUGAGCAGACACAUGCACAUUUGUGGCCUGCUGGAGGUCAUUUUGCAAGGCUCUAGCAGUGCUCCUACUGUUCCUCCUUGCACAAAGGCGGAGGUAGCGGUCCUGCUGCUGGGUUGUUGCCCUCCUACGGCCUCCUCCACGUCUCCUGAUUUACUGGCCUGUCUCCUGGUAGCGCCUCCAUGCUCUGUACACUACACUGACAGACACAGCAAACCUUCUUGCCACAGCUCGCAUUGAUGUGCCAUCCUGGAUGAGCUGCACUACCUGAGCCACUUGUGUGGGUUGUAGACUCCGUCUCAUGCUACCACUAGAGUGAAAGCACCGCCAGCAUUCAAAAGUGACUAAAACAUCAGCCAGGAAGCAUAGGAACUGAGAAGUGGUCUGUGGUCACCACCUGCAGAACCACUCCUUUAUUGGGGGGGGCCUUGCUAAUUGCCUAUAAUUUCCACCUGUUGUCUAUCCCAUUUGCACAACAGCAUGUGAAAUUGAUUGACACUCAGUGUUGCUUCCUAAGUGGACAGUUUGAUUUCACAGAAGUGUGAUUGACUUGUAGUUACAUUGUGUUGUUUAAAUGUUCCCUUUAUUUUUUUGUGCAGUGUAUAUAUGUACACAUUGGGUUGAUUUAAGGGACACUAUAGGCACCAAAACAACUCAGCUUAAUGAAGCAGUUUUGGUGUAUAGAUAAUGCUCACAGCACAAUUCUCUGCCAUUUAGGAGUUAAAUCACUUUGUUUAUACAGCUCUAGUCAUACCUCCUGGCAUGUGACUUACACAACCUUCCUAAACACUUCCUGUAAAAUGAGAGCUAAUGUUUAAAUUGUAUUGCACAUUCUGUUUAAUUUAGAAUUUCGUAAAUGUUUUUUUUUUUUUGUCAAUCUUUCUUUUAUUGAGGCAUAUAGUUGUAUGGGAACAGAAAAAAGAAGGGGAGGUAUUUAAGAUACAAUUUAAAAGGAUUAUAACAGUACAAUUGGGACUGCCUCCAUGAAGCGUCUGCCUCUUUUUUUAAUAUAUAAGAACAAGUAAAUUGCUAACACAUCCAUAACUGCACAUGUAACAGUAUAGGUAUUAUAGGUAGUGUGGGUACAACAUGCUAGAAGCUGAAACUGACUCGAGUAGUUGCAUGAGCUCGAAGUAGUGAACGUAUGCUGUAUAUAGACUGCGUACCCAAAGUGUGCCUUAUUCUCGUGUGAUACUUUACGUGAGAUUAUACAGGCUUUUGGCAUCAAGCUGAAAAUUGCUAAACAUUUGUGUCUGUGUGUAAUCAAGCUUGUUGAACAUAAAGUCAUGCAUGCAUAGAGAACAUUAUACCACUGGGUUCAGGCCCAGGCAUAGCAAAUUGCGCAACCAGUAGGGGCAAAGUUAUAGGCAACAAAAUAAAACAAAGCUGAGCUAGAAUUUCCUCAACAGAAAAUGGGGAGUCUCUUAUCUGGUAUGUCCCUUUGCACGGUGUCUUCCGUGGGUUAACAGAGACUCCGGGUGAGGGCUCAGGCACCCGGUCAGCCGAUCCCCAGUAGCGGUAUGGGCGGUACAAGUGUAGGGUAGUCCCAUCGAUUGUCUACCACAGUGUGCUGUUCCAUGGCUCUUUUCCAGCUCUGGAUCUGCAGAAGGGUAUGCGUCGUUGGUCCAUCGUCCUCGGUGUUCAGCUGUAACUGUAUGAGGGGUCGUGUGAGGCUGCGGUCAAGGCGAGCGGUUUUCCGCUUGCUUGGCUGUCGCAGGGAUACUGUGCCUGGAGGUGUUUUCUGCCUGAGAGGAUAGGUAGCUUGACAGGUUGUCAGCUGCAGAGAUUGGCUGCCGGGUUUAACCGGGGAACAGCGGGUGCGGGGGGCUAUCCUCCAGCCCCAGGAUGUUGUGAAAGCCGACACCUUCUGUCCACGGACUCGGUACUCACGUGUGGCCCGGUCCUGGCCCCUUAAGGGGCAGUUAGAGAAUCGCGGUGGCAUCCGCCGCCUGCGGCGUGCAUUCUUCUCCCUGUGUGGUCGAUGUCUUGAGGCCAGGCCUCUGUUGGCUAUCAGCCUGGGCGGGCAGUUGCUGGUGCGAUGAGGCGAUAUGUGGCGUAGGUUACCCGGAGGGGAAGCGCCCGCCUCCCGUUCUGUGCACCGGUUGGGUUGUUCGGCAGUGGCACGGGUCCGCAGUUUGUCCCAAAAUGCCUGGAACAAAGCGUCCAGUCUGGUUUCAAGAGUGUCUGGGGGUGCUCGUGCGGGAGUUUGCUGCGACUGUGGUAUGGCCUCCGCCAUUUUGUGAGGUUGGGGUGCCUUGCGUUGCCUACUGUGUUCAGACAGCUGGGGUAGGGAUUGGUGCCACAGUCCGUUCUCCCAGUGGGGACCGGGAUAACCCCCACCGGUCCAAAGGGGGGGGGGGUAGGAAACCUGUAAAGUCGCUUGGUGUGUCUGGCGUCGGGUUGAGCGGCCGUCUCCCCCCGGCUCCAACUUUAGUAGGCCGCAUUCGGCGUUUCGUCUUCCCGGCCCCGACGGGUUUCAGAGGGGUGUCCUUCGGUUCCGUGGUGCACUCCCAGCAUGGGUAGCACAACCCGGUGAGUCUGCAGUCUAUGUAGCCGGUGAUUUUGCCCCAAAUUCGGCCCGUCAGGCGGGAGCUCGUGUUGCCCACGUCUGUAUUGCUCGGCGGUCAGGCUCCGCCCCCCCAGAAUUUCGUAAAUGUUAAUUGCAUUCUAGACUCUGCAGGAACCUCCUGUAUGUGAAUAAAGUUCAAUUCACAGAGCAGGAGAUAAAAACAAGUAAGUUAAUAUCUGAUUGAAAAUGAAACAAUUUUUUGUUCAUGCAGGCGGUGUCAGUCACAACCAGGGGAGGUGUGGCUUGGGCUGCAUGUACAGAAACAAAAGUGAUUUAACUCCUCAAUGGUAGUGGAUUGAGCAGUUAAACCAGAGGGGCAUGAUCUAUACACCAAAACUACUUUACUAAGUUAAAGUUGUUUUGGUGACUAUAGUGUCCCUUUAAGUUACACUUUAAUGUGCCCCAUUUUUGUGGGUCCUAACUUAAACUUAUGCAGGCAAUGAAAGAUAGAUAAGUUUACUAAUGUUUUAAGGGACACUCUAUACAGGAUAACCUCUACGACUUAUUAAAGUGAUUAUGGUGCCAUGCUGUUUGCUUCUUCAUUGUCCAAUCAAAGCUAACCAACCUUAGAUGGUUAUAGCAUAUCAUUCCAGUCUACAUUUGGAUGGAUUACCAGGAAGUGAAACUUAAGCAUUAUUUGAGAAGUAUGAGUGAGAACAAUUUUUUGUCUAAUAUCUCAAAAAUCCAAAGACUUCCUGCAACUUCUUGCUACAGAAGUUAUGCAAUAAUCUUAGUGCUUCUGUGACUACGUUGUCUCUUUAAUUCUCACAUUUGACCCAAGUCCUUACUUAUUUUUACUACAGAUCCUUCUUUCCAUUUUUAUUUCCUACUUGACUAAGCGCAGUGGGCAGGGGGGUUUGACACUAACACCGGUUACAAACUUCUAGAAAACAAAAGUGGUCGGUUUGUCUGUCUGUGCUGCUGUCAUAGUACCUGUGUGCCAUGCUUCCUUGCCUUCCAGAGUCACAUGUCAUCUUGUGUCAUUUAUGCUGCUAUCCAUAUCCUUUUGUGAUCCUGAACGCAAUGCGUCCUUUCUGACGUGGACCAAUUCAAAAUGGCGUUCUGUAUUGACGCGGAACGCCAUUGCAUCAUUUCUCAUAGUUUAAAAGUAGAGAGGGACCAGCACUACUGACAGGCAUAUAUAAAUGGGUGCAGGUUCCUGAUGUCCCCUUCUGUGAACUCCAGAAGUAGAGUAAAUGAAGAAUAAUGAAACUGCAACAACAAAGGCCUCAGUAAAGUAGUUUAUUACACCAGAGUUUAGCUGGUCACUUCCACUCUGGUGCAAUAAGCUCCUUCUCUGAGACCUUUGGUGUUGUGGUUCCAUUAUCCUUCCUCUUGUGUCGUUUAUGGCGCAUGCCAAUGCAAACCUGCGCUUUGUAUUGAAGCUGAACGCCCUUGUCUCAUUUUUCAAGUGGAUGUGCCUACAUGAUUUGUGGGACACCGCAUGCACACUGUUUGGUGUCGCAGAAAUGACGCUGGCCUAUAACAAGCUCUCUAGAGCUAUUUAAACUCGUUCUAUGCAGGGUAUUGUGCCCUUUUGUGGUUUUACCUUGUGGUGACCCAAGAGUGACCCAAUUUUGCCUGUCUGAUCUUUGGCUUUAUUUGAUCCCAGAUUGUUCUUUUACACUUUCCACUCCCAGAUAUCCUAGACCUUGGCUUGUUUAACCCCUUAAGGACACAUGACGAAAAUAUUCCCUUUUAUUUCAAAAGUUGUGUCCUUAAGGGGUUAAUUAAUUACACUUCUUUCAGUGCUCCAUAACCCUGGCUUGUUUCUCGACUAUCCUAUUAACUACAUUAAAUCCGGCGAAUUCUAAGGACUGAUAAUACAUCUCUCUCAUACCUACCGUAGUCAGUUAUAUUUCUGGUAUUGGAUCCGAGUGGCACUGUGUAAGCUACCAAUCAUAAGAAGCGUAAACGUAGCGUAAAACCAUCCAGAAUUAGAUGUUAUUGUGAAAUCUCAUCAACCGUUUCCAUGUAUGUUUUCCUGCAUAGUGUUACAAAACCUCAGGAAUCUUGCUACGCACUCCAAGACCCCUCCGAGCCUGCUCUUAUCUAGACAAUUACAUAUUCAUAUUUUCAUGUCAUAUAAUCCAAAUUGAUGAUUAACAGUGGGACAUAGAAUAGAAUUCGGAAUGCUUUAUCUUUUGUAAAUUCCCCAAAGAGAAAACUAUGUCUAAUUAGUAACUUAGUUAAAAGACUUUGUACUGAACAACCUGAGCCUUAUUUUUGUUUUCAUACAUGAAACGCACCUAUAGUAGAGCCAUAGAUGGUGAUAAGAUAAGGUAACAAGUUGGUCCAUCUUGUCUGCCCACGUUGAGUAUUUAUUUUACUUAUUUGUUUUCAAGGUUUGCCAAGGAUUCUUAAAUUCUCUUAUUGUGCUUGUUACAUACAUUUGACCUCUGAUCAAACUAAUCUGGGUUAGUUAAAGCAGGAAAUUGGAGAAAAAUUGAUUUACAAAGGUCAAUAAUUCUUGAAACAUUUAUAAUGAAACCUAAGAGAUCAUACCAUAUCACAGGACAUCCCUAGGGUGUGUUAUUUACCUUGGCUUGAGACAAAAGCGUACAUCAGUCUCCACUCCUUCAAAAAAUCGUUAAAAACCCACUUCUUCAUAAAAGCGUAUCAAUUAAACUGUUAAUAGCUCCUGACUGAUUCCUCUUCUGCAACUGUCACUAGUCUAAUACUAUCCUUACCUUUUUCUGUCAUUUUACCCCACUCCCUCUACCAUGGAAGCUAAUUGAGCAGGGCCCUCAACCCCUCUGUUCCUGUGUGUCCAACUUGUCUGGUUACAACUACAUGUCUGUUGGUCCACCCAUUGUAAAGCGCUGCGGAAUUUGACGGCGCUCUAUAAAUAUCAUAAUAAUAAUAAUAAUAAUAGAACAAGAGUAAUUAACUGUCCUGACCCAACCUCAUCCUGGAUCUACUUCAUCGCUGAUUAGUGGAGAGAUGGACAAUUUGUGGUAAGAAUUCCUGGACUGUUCUCUUGUUGAAUCGAUUUCCUGUUUAUUAUAAGACACAUAGAGUUAUGCAGAUAUCUAUUAUAUAGUUACCCCAUCAAUGGUGGAUGCUAUGUAUGCCAUAUAUUAACAGAUGUCUACCACUUUAUAACAAAAUGCAAAAAGUAUAGUGUAUGACUUAUGGUUACAAUGUAUGACCAUUCAGUGCUAAGCCACCCACUAUGUAAAUGCAAGCCAAUAUCGAUGGAUCCAAACCUAAUCUUAACAUGGGAGAGUGUUAUAUCACCUGCUCUGGCCUGUUUAAUUUACCCAAAGAUGUUUUCCUAUUGUAAAAAUGGCUUGGACACUUUUUAUAGGGCACAUAUGUAUAGGGAGUGUGUUGGGAAACCCAAAGAUGCGGACCAUUGCUCAAACUAUACAGAGAAAUACAAACAUGAAUUGGGAAUCACCACCCAGAACUUGCAUUGCAUUCUUCAAACAGUUCUGUAUUUGUGAGCUCUCGUUAUUUUUGUGUCUUCCCUAAACGUUUUGUGUAUAAAUUCAACGACACCACUAUUAAGCAAUAUUCCGGGUAAAGAUUCCCAUUUCUGCUUUCUCCAAUUUUAAACAAACCAUUUAUUUAUUCAGAUUUGCGUACAGCCUGCAUGCCAAUAAAAACGAUCAAAACAUGUUUCCAAGAUCGGCCAUUUUUAUAUUUUGGGGAUUUCCAUUUAUGGAGCUUUAUUUGGAUUGGCUGAGUUUAUCUAAAGAUCAGCUGACAUGCUCAAUGCAAUAUUGUUAAAGGGACACUUCAGACCCCUAAAGCACUUCAGCUUACUGAGUAGCAUGAUGUGUGAAGAGUGAGUCCUCUUUUUUUUUUCUUCUAAAUUUACAAAAAUUUCGUCCAGUUACUUCAUAGUUGUUUAGGUCAGUUGAGGUAAAUUCAAGAAGCAGCAAUUACCAAGAGCAGCUGCCCAUGGCCAUUGUAAGUAUUUUGGCUACACAGGGGAAUCUGCAUUCUACCCCCCCUUUUGAAUUUCUUACCCCUUUUUGUGUUUCCUAUACCCUCUUUUGUGUCUUAUACCCCAUUUAGUGUGUCUUAUCCCCCUUUUUUGUGUUGUACACCCUCCUUGCAUGUUUCUUAUUACCCCUUUUGUGUGUCUUUUAUUCCCUCCAGCCCCUUUGUGUCUCCCCUCCUGACGUGCCUUCUUACCUCCUUUUUGUAGCGUGGCCACGCUGACCGCGGUAGAGAAUCUAAUUUUCCUCUACCCGGUCUGACAGGAAGCUGUUCGCUGCUCCCAGCUUCUUGUCAGACAUUUACAUACAUUCCAAGUGUCCCUGUUCAGGAGGGACAGUCCCUAUUUGAUCCCAAAUCUCUCUGAUUCUUUUUUCAAUCCAUCUGUCAAUCUUUUCUAGGAACUCCAUAUUGUUGGUGUGUCUGAGUGUAUAACAGAGCUCCACAGCAAUAAUACAGCAAUAUUAGUAAGUCACCUACAACUUCUCAGAGCAUCCCCGCCACCUGGCCACACCCCUACUUACCCCCUUAAGAUGAAUGUGUCCCUCUUUAUCAAUUUAAAAUAUGGGCUAUAUGAGUCUGGGUAGAGGAUAAACAAGAUCAUCUACUGCUGUGUGGCCAUGAUGCAUGGAGUAACUGACAGUAGAGGAAUUGCUGUGCACCACCUCUUCUGCCAGACACAAUGGGAUAUUGCACCACCCCGGCUGGUGUGCCCGCCCUCCAUAUGCCUUGCAAAGGCUUCUCAUUGAGCUGCAUUCUGAAGUCCCUGAUUGGACAUCCACAAAAAGAAUGGGUGAAGUUAGAAGGGGAGGGGCUUGCAAAGGCAACAGACAAGAGAUCUGCUGCUUUUACAACUUGUUUUUGGAUAUACUCACAAUGUAAAAAGGCAUUAUUAUAUGCAUACAUGUUUUCAUUGGGGGUACAUCUACUAAACAGAGAUGUUUCUUUUUUUCUUUUUGGAUUUGGGCAGUGGAGUGUCCCUUUAAGAUCAGGUAUUUAAAGGAACAUUAAUACCAUCUUAGUCUUUCGGUAAAUAAGUAGCAUUGAUCAUAGGGGGUUUCCAUUCAUAAUCGUAAAACUUUCAGAUCGAAAUCAUGCGAAUUGUGAAUGCAAAUGUAUAUUAAAGCAGGAAAGGCCAGUAUUCAUCAGAAAGUAUUACAAAAAUCGUUGCCGUUUCCUUUUAUUUCUUUACACACUUUUUCUUUUCAAAUUCUUCAUCUAAUUACUAAUUUCUUGGCGUUUUAGCUAACUUGCAAGAAAAUGGCCUACACUUAGUGCCUACGGAAGCCCAGCUCCUCACAGCCAAUGAAGUGUAAGUUACAAAUUAUUUUCUUCAUUUUGAGCUUUUUAUAAUCAAAAUGUUUGUAAUAAACCAGUAAAUUGCAGGAAAAAAUAGCAAAGCUUGAAAAAGCUAUUUCGAUAGAUAUGCAAGAUGUCAGAACAUUUAUCUUGUACAUUAUAUUUGUAGAAUAAACACAACAAUCAUAGAUACACUAGGAAUAUUAAAUGCUUUUUGUAUUGCAUCUGUAGGUUGAAAAUUAGACAUUUAUUAACUUUAAAAUCCAUGUUUGCACCAUGUUUUAGCUUUAGACGAUGAUGGUUUAUAUAGAACCGUCAAAAGUCAGGUUUAUAUAUUGACAUGAAAAGUUGAAAAGUAGUGAAUUUAUUUUUAAAACUGCAUGGUGUAAGCGGUAUAAUAUUGAGAAUUUAAACGUCUUGCAAUAAAUAGAAAAUCUAACAAUGAGGUAUGGUUGCAAUUACGGUGUAUGUUCGUACUGUAUGAUUCAUUGUACAAGAGGUGAUCUCACCCAGGUUUCCGGCAUAUUUUCCCCAUAGGCCCUUGGUAUGAAUAUUUAUCUUUGGGACUAUGAUGUUGCACCUAAACAUUGAGUAGUAGAAGUACCUCUAAGCUCUGACCAAUCUCAACUCGUUUUUAAGAAAGUGCCCAUCAUGCACGAUUAUUCCCAUCCUUCCACAUCACCCUAACUUUGCCGCCAAACUUCUGUAAACAAAAGGAAUGGGGGAAGACCUGGUCUUUAAAGGAACACUAUACUGCUCCCUUCCCUAUUUAUGUAGAGAUGGUUUUAACCCUGCAAUGUAAAGGAUAGGGCCACUGCACCAAGACCCCUUCAUUGAGAUAAAGUGUGAGAACCCACCAGAAAUAUUGACUCUGAAGGCACUUUUUAACGUACUUCUUUCAGGUGGAAUUAAUCCUGAAAAUUCUAGACAGUGUGUCCACUUCCAGAAUGUUUUAAUGAUCCCAGCCAAUAUUUCUGUAUUUCCUGUAUUUUUUUUUUAAACCAUGUAUCUCGUGGUUUUCAUUAUAAAGCAAAGAACUGCCAGAGAAGUCAGACUUUUCCAUCGAGGUCCAUCCAGAUGUUACAAAAGAACGUGAAUAUCAGAACAGAAUCUGGAAGGCUUUCCUUAUAUCAAUCCCAUACUCCGCCAGUAUAGGGGGAACGGCCACUCUUACCGGAACUGCACCAAACCUCAUCCUCCUUGGGCAACUAAAAAGGUAGGUUACGGACUACAAACAAUGUGUGAGAUUAGCCUUAAAGCUUCGCCUUAUCAUGUAAAAGUUUUUGAACCUCAAGGAGCAUCGAUUUUGGAACAGGAGAUGAGCUUGUGGGGUUAAUGCUCCUUUCCCAUCAAGACCCAAAACCCCUAUGACCAUUCAAUUCACCUACUCCCUUCUAGUACCCAUAGACCACCAAUUUAGCUGUGAAAAUUAGUGUCAUGAAGUGUGGGUGACAUGGCACCGCAUUUUUACAUCUGUAAAUACUAACGCCUCUCGGUUCUCCACAGUUUUUUUCCGGAUUGCGACGUUGUGAACUUUGGUUCUUGGUUUGUUUUUGCCUUUCCAUUGAUGGUUAUCUUCCUGGUUCUUGGAUGGCUGUGGAUCUCAAUUUUACACGGGGCAAUUAGUUUGAGGUAAAAUGCAUAACAAUAGCAAGCUCACUUCUGGGGCUGGUUGGUAACCUUAGUUUUGGACGAUUUCUAUAUUAGUUUUCAUAUCUAUGUUCUUUUCAUUCUUUGUUCAGUUGUAAAAGGAAAGAAAAGUCGGUAAUAAGAACGGAUGCUGAAGCCAAAGCGAGAGAUGUGAUACGGGAAGAUUAUCGCAAGUUGGGGCCCACAAAGUAAGCAUUGUAUUAGCUAGUAAUAAUCGCUAGUGUCUAGUCUGUGUGUUGGAGGACUUGUUUUUUUGACAUGUGGUUGUCACCUAAUAGGUCUUACCAGCCCUAUCCAAGCUUAGAAUGUUUGUGCAAUAGAUUCUAGGGUGCAAUAUAUCAUCCCACUGCACCGCAUGAAUUGCGUUAAUGUUUUAUGGUCAAAAAUGUUUGGCAUGUAAACUCUGAAUUUGCAGAAUUGAUAUCUCGCCACAGGCAAACCAGUUUCUAAUUUAGAUUUCUUUUUUAGUUUUGCAGAAAAAGCCGUAUUCUUCUUUUUCUGCCUCUUUGCAAUCCUUCUAUUUACAAGGGAUCCAAAAUUUAUCCCAGGAUGGUCCUCUGCAUUUACCCCUGGGUAAGAUUUCAUAUAAGACAUAAAAUGCACUUAUUUGUUUUUUAAUGGGGCACUUGGAGCACACUGCAGGGGACAGUGGUGGCUACAGUGGCAGGAGUCACCUGGUGCUGCCUCAUGGAUACAAUUCACACCAUUUUAGAACAGUUUGACAGUCCCCUGCGUUGUCCGAGGGCUCACAGUCCGGUUCCUCUUCAGAUAUAGCUAAAAUGGGUGUGGAUGUUUCUACUUCCUAAUUACAUAAAUUAAUUUCCAAUCAGAUACAGACAGGUAAUUUAAAGGAAAAUGUGUUAUUUCAAAUAUCUUGAAACUGAUAAUUCAGUAUUAAAAAACUUAGAGAUAUGCCAUUCUACUGGAGGAAAAUGAGGUUUUGUCCUAGGUUGGAUGGGUCUUGAUUAGCUUCGAACGGAGUAAAAAAUCCUCCACCAAUGUCUAAGAGCUCGAAGGGAAAGGUUAUAGCUGGGGAGAUUUAUGCAAAUUUUGUAGUUAUAAGCACAAUCCUUAGGCUGUAAUGUACCCAUAUCACCUAUAUUUGAUGUGAUGCAAAGUUGUUAUGGUACUUAGAGUGACUCUUUCAUUUGCGUCUUUGUAACUUCAUUGAUGGUUGACGCAGGUAAGAGGCAGUGAAAGCUUUUUUUUUUACCUGCUGAUCCUUAUAUAGCAUCUAGAAAGAAGGCACUUAAAGGGACACUAUAGUCACCAGAACAACUACAGUGUAUUGCAUUUUUUCUGGUCAGUAGAAUCUUUCCCUUCGGGCUUUUUGCUGUAAAUACUGUCUUUUCAGAGAAAAUGCAGUGUUUACAUUACAGCCUAGUGAUAACUCCAAUGGCCACUCCUCAGAUGGCUGCUAGAGGUGCUUCCUGGGGCAGUGCUGCAGAGUAAGCAGCACUGCCAUUCAAAGUCUCCACCCUCUGCAUGCACACACUGAGUUUUCCUCAUAGAGAUGCAUUGAUUCAAUACAUCUCUAUGAGGAGAUGCUGAUUGGCCAGGGCUGUGUUUGGCUCUGCUCCUGAUUUGCCUCCUUGACAGUCUCAGCCAAUCGUAUGUGAAAGCAUUCUGAUAAUGUCAGGCAAGAAGGCAGAUCAGGGGUAGAGCCAGCAAUCGAGGAUUUUACUGAUGGUGUGGUGAGACACUUAAUAUUCAAAAAUGUUAAUUUGCUUUUAUUACAUCCAAAUAAUAAAUAAUACAAUAAUGUAAUUUUCGCAAUUCUUCUUACUCACCAGGUUUACCUCGGACGCUGUUACAGGAAUCACUAUAGCCAUUAUCCUGUUCUUUUUCCCAGCUGAAAAACCUUCAUUAAAGUGGUGGUUUGAUCUAAAAGGUACAGUGAAUGAGGCACGCUAUCUAUUCCAAAGUUAAUUAACAAGUUUGAAUUGUUGCACAUAGUAACUUAUAUAUGACAUUUCUUGUUGUAGCUCCUAAUACAGAAAAUAGAGCAUUGUUAUCUUGGAAGAAAGCCCAGGACACCGUGCCUUGGAACAUCAUUUUGCUUCUCGGAGGAGGGUUUGCAAUGGCAAAGGGUUGUGAGGUAAGGAGAUAGCACUAAAGAAUCCCUGCACCAGGGCUCCCAAGUGAUAUGAAAUUGAUUUUGCCCCCAGAAACGAGGAUUUGCAAAUCCUAAUCCAUCGUUUUUGAAAUUACUACUUCUGGGUAAAGCCACAAUAAAUGGAAUGGACAGAUUAAAACUUUUUAUUUGUAACCAAACUUAAAAUUUUCCAGAAGAGAGCAAAGUGAGGUCAAUAGACAAAAUUUAUGAAUCAACUAUUAGCUGAAAUGGCCCUGCCAGUUCCCAGUUCAUUUACCAAACUUGGUAGAACAUCUCUCCAUAUAUAUAUUAAACAGUGUCCCCGGUUUCCAGGCAUCUCACGACAUUCAGUUACCAGGUCUGAGGAAACGGCAGCCAAGUUCAGAUUAUUGAGUUACAGGGUUUUAUUUUGUAAGGAUUAUCGUCUGAUAAUUAUCAACAGGUAUGUGAACCAGAAACAGUGAGCCUCAUGAUUAUACAUGAAAUAUCUCCACAUUUGACCUUGAAGCUCCAGGUUUGAAGAGUUGUUGAGGGAUCCUCUCCAAAAGUGUGGCUCAAAGUACUCUGCCCUGUCCCUCCCGCCAAGUCCAACCCAGGUCCUGUUAUGCUUUACCUGCUCAACUUUACCUGCAUCCAAACAAGCUAAAUAUUAAUUAGAAUAUUUUGAUUGAAAUUAGGUUGAAAUUGGAGGUUUUUUUCAUCAUUGUCAUUUAACUUUUAGUUUUUUGUCAUUAUUUUGUCAAAAUUAGUGUAAAAUAUUGUUUAUUGUCUUUGACGCAGCAUUAGUAAAUUAACCAAUAUAUUCUACUCCAAUUAUUGAAUCAAAAGAGGACAGAAUCCAAAGAUUAGCAGUAUAAACCUGAGUCAAUAUUGCUGACUCUCGUCCAGGAUAUGAUUCUAUUAGUUGGUUAAUGUUGAAAGUAUAAACCAUUUUGCAUUUAUUAUAAUGUAUCUUCAGGAAACAAUAAAUCAAAUCUGAAUUUGAUCUCACUAGUGGUUGCCUGUAUAAAGACAGCAGAUCGAUAGGAAGGCUUGAUAAAGUGACCACUUUACUCUGUUACUGUAUUGUAAGAGAAACAUUUAAAUUAUGUACAGUCCUGUUUCACCUUAAGAUUAAUUCGCUAAGUACCAACGAGGUUUGAAAUGCAUUUUACACAAAGUUCUUUAGCACCCAGUAGGUAGAGAACUGUUAUCUUAUUCCAGCCAGUAUGCAUGGUUGAUUCAGUACAGAUUUGUAUUGUGGUUAUGGUGCCAGGAGUGCCCUGGUGCUCCCCCCAAUGCAAGAAGAGGAGGCAGAGAUUGGUGCCAGACAUACCUUGGACAAAAAGUCAAACCAUUAACAAAUUGUUUGACUAAUUACAUUUGGAGGGCUCGCUUUAGUGGUUAUUGUACUUAGAGUGUUCCUUUAAGAUCUCAAUCAGCAGAGCAAUUUUUAAAUAAGUGACAUUGUGUCUAAGUACAACUUGUCUAUGCAGAAACCUUCUUACACUAGUGUAACAUGAUUUGUAAUGUAACAUGGUUCUUUGUGCAGGCUUCAGGAUUGUCCACAUGGAUCGGAGGUCGCCUGCAUCCCCUUGAAGGUGUUCCACCAGCUGUGGCUGUACUCCUGGUCACUAUACUAAUUGCUUCCUUCACCGAAUUUGCUAGUAACACCGCAACCAUUAUAGUCUUCCUCCCUGUACUCUCUGAGCUGGUAAGCAUGAUAAAGCUUCUCUGUCUGGAUUCCUAUUGAUUACCACAAUGAGCUCCAAACAAUGUAUGUGCGUGACAUAAGUAAUAUGUUUUCCCACCCCGGGCAAUGUUACUUCGCCAUCAGUUGUUGCAACACAAAUUUUAUAGUUCUCAGUAUGCAACUUUCUGGCGGAAUUGAUGGGACCUCGUUUGGAAAAACAAAAAGUUGUUUAUUUUAGAAAUUAUGUUGAGAGAGCAAUUGAGGGACAUUAAGCUGCCAUCAGUGACUUAAGAAAACAUAUCCGCAACCUAAAAAAAUAUAUAUCAUCCCACAGUUAUUUUACCUGUGGAGACAUUCAGUGGAGAAGAAGACUAAAUAUCUUGGUUGUCAUCUGUUUUAUCACUCGACUAAUGCUCAUUGAAACCCGUGGAAAAAACUUUUUUUGAACGGCCAUUAACAAAGAAGUCUUUACACACCUUGAAGUGUACAGCAAGUAAAAAUUGCCCUUACCAAAAGUACUGGGUGAUUGUUUUAAAUAAUUUUCAAAUAACUCUCCGACAAAAGACACCUCCCUACCCAUUCCAAAAAUAUUUAUGCACAGGAACUUGUAUUGAUGUUUUUCUAAUAUAUUCUCCUCCAAAGUACUCAGAAUUCUAAAUAUCGAGAAGAAAGGUAUGCUUAACCCCUUAAGGACACAUGACAUGUGUGACAUGUCAUGAUUCCCUUUUAUUCCAGAAGUUUGGUCCUUAAGGGGUUAAACUCAUAGGUACUUUCCUAACUGUACUAGUGCAACAUCAUCAUAUCCCUCGUUUCAUGCCACUUCCUUUUGCCAUAAUUUCAAACUGUGCAGGUGCCCUUAAAAUAAUCUGUUUAUACUUUAUAUAUGCAUGGCUCUAACUUGCUAAUAGGCCUUAUUACUCUUUUCCUCAGGCUAUUCGGCUUAAAGUUAAUCCUCUUUAUCUCAUGAUCCCUGGAACUGUUGGCUGCUCCUAUGCAUUCAUGCUACCCGUAUCCACACCUCCCAACUCUAUAGCAUUCUCCACUGGACAUCUGCUUGUCAAAGAUAUGGUGAGUCCAGGAAUAUUAAUGGGACAAAUUAUAUUACAAGUAUGAGCUGUGGAAAAUUAAGUCAUUUUGGAAGUAACUCUGGAAGCUUGAACUGGUAUUGGGCCCCUAAUUCUUUAUAUUUAGUACCAUUGACAUUGCUGGGAUGACAUAAGGAGGUAAUUGCUAAUAUUGACACAGCAGAAUUUUUAUGAACUAUAUCAUAUGAUGUCUGAGGAUAAUUUUAAGGGUAAAAGUGGCACAUCAUUUCAAAUAGAGUGAAGGGCAGAAUUUGUGUGCAAUUACAGGGAACAGCUAUGGGCACCUGGUAAGUUCUUCUUAUAUUGCAUUCCAGCUCUCUGUCAGAAGUAGUGGAGGCAACGAGCAGUUCCUGGUGGACCCAAGGUAAAGAGUCAAACCAUUAUUAAAUUGUUUGACUGCUUACAGUGGGAGGCACCAGGGCACUACUGGCACUGUAACUACUACAAUGUGGUGUAGUGGUUAUGGUGCUUUGAGUUUUCCAUUACUAGUAGAUGGUAUUCUCUGCAAAAUCUCAGAGCAAGAAGAAAUAGUUGCAGGAAUGUAAAGUAAAGAGACCCCGAACACCACCAUUAGUUAUUAUUUUUAAAUGACAUCUAUGCACACAUCCCAGCAUUUCAAAUGGUCAAAAAGGACAUAUAGAGCAAGUGUAAAAUAUCUUUCUUAUUUAAACACUUUUUAAAGUUUAAACACAGGUUAUUGUAAGCUUCUUAUUGUAAAGUACAAAGACAACAACAAUUUGGAAUUCCUAAAAACAUGAGGGCAUUGAUAUACGAACGGAGGACAACAGGGAUUUGGCCCCAAAAUAAGGACCCAUAUAUAUUGCCUUUUACCAUUUAAAGAAUCCAGAGCGUCAGGAGGUUUUUAACUCCUAAAGUGGUUCACUCUCUGGGAAGGUUUAUCUGAUACACUUUACACAAAAUCUAAAGAAAAUUAAAUGUUGCUAUAAAAAUCUAUUUGAUUUGUAGGAAAUCAAUGAGUUACAUUUUUAGAUUCACCAAAUGUUCAUGCUCUGGUCACAAUUUCUCUUCUUGGAACUCUCAACAGAUAUUUCACAAUUUUUUUUGUUUCAAGAAUUGUAGUUUAAGGAAGUGUUGUUAUUUCAAAACUAGAUACCCAGAGGAGUAAAGGAUGUGAAAAGAAGCAAAAUAGGUGAAAUACUUACCCGUAGGUUAGAACUUAAGUCAGAAAUGAAGUUCCACAAAUUCUUGACCUUAGCUCAAACCCCUUGACCUUAGGGGGAAUGAGGCAGAGGUUUAUCUUUCAGAAGGUAAUUACUCUACUCUGAACAUUCACAAAAGAUCCUGAAUUUCUAAUGACCAAGUGAAAGCCUAGACCUCACUUUGAAUGAAAAUCUAUUAAAAGACAAGACAAUUGCUGUCCAUGAGUGUCCCCCAUCUAAACUGACACAACUUGACCAAUUUUGCUUGAAUGAAUAACUUGGCCAGGGUGAAUUGUCAAAACGUCCAUCAUCUCAGUGUCAUAUCUGGCAGUAAAUUAAACAAAGUACUCACUGAUUUGGAGGACAGGGGGUGAACGCAUCUGUUUUUUUUCAUUAAGGGACUGUCAGGAUUACAGUAUGUUCCAGCAUGUAGAAUUGUGUAACACAGAGGACUGAUAGGUAACGUAUACCGGACCUUAGAAUGACCGGACUAACGUACCAAAGAAUAGUCAGGAAUAGUCAAGGUCAAAGUAUACAGAAAGAGACACAAUGAUAAGGAAAAGCCAGGGGUCAGGGAUGCCAGAAAACAGGGAAGUCAAAAUCAAUGCCAAAGUCAAAUAACCAGAAUUACCAGAAUCAAUAACGCGCUCUCGGACAACCACAAGGGAAACCACGACAGGGCACUGAGCAAGAGUAGAACUGGGCCUAAAUACCCCUCCUGUGGAUCUGAUUGGUUGUAACCAGCCUUUGACCCCAAAGGCAGUUAGCAGGUUCCCAUUUGCAUAAUUGCUGCUCAGCACAAACCCUCCUGUGGAUUGAUUGCUGCUCGGCACAACUUUUCCUGUCAGAACAGUAAAUGCCAUAAAUCACAUUUUUAUGUGCGGAUCAAUACGUGACAGGGACACUAUAGUCACAAGAACAACCUCAGCUUAUUGUAUUUGUUCUGUAUAAUCACUCCCUUCAGACUUUUUGCAGUAAACACUGUCUUUUCAGAGUCUCCCAUACAGUGCUGCACAGUGUGACUGACAUUCAGUGUCUCCACCCUCUGCAUGGAGACACUGAACUUUACCCAUAGAGAUACAUUGAUUGAAUGUAUCUCUAGGAGGAGAUGUUGAUUGGCUAGGGCUGUGUUUGGCUUGUGCUGGCUCUGCCCCUAAUCUGCCUCCUUGACAAUCCUAUGGGGAAGCUUUGUAAUUGUUUUUUAUUCAACACUUCUGAUAUCAGACAAGCAGGCAGAUCAGGGGCAGAGCCAGCAGCAGCAGACUGGAAUACAUGUUAGAUUUGUAGGGGUGCCAGGGGGGGCUAGAUGGUGUUUGUGUUCCUGACCCUAUAGUGUUCCUUUAACUUUUUUGUCAAAAAAAAAGAAACACAUUUUGCAGAUUCAAAAUGUUAAAUACAUUCUGUAAAACAAAAUACUGUAUAUACUCGAGUAUAAGCUGAGUUUUUCGGCACAUUUUUUGUGCUGAAAAAGCCCCCCUGGGCUUAUACUUGAGUCACUGUCUGUGUUAUGGCAACUUACAUUGCCAUAAUACAGACCAGGUAUUUGUAAUGAGCCCGGCGGUCCUGUUGGGGGCUGGGAGCAAGCUGUUACUUACCUUUGCAGCAGCUCCGUUCAGCUCCCUUCACCUCUGUUCCGUUCAGUUCCCCAGUGUAAAUCUCGAGAAACACGCGGCCGUCAGAGCAUUGCCGUGGCACGCAGACCGCGAGAUUUACACUGUGGAGCUGAACGGAAUGGAGGUGAAGGGAGCUGAAUGGAGCUGCUGCAAAGGUAAGUAACAGCUUGCCCCGGUCCCCCCACUGCACAGCCCAUCCACUGGACCACCAGGGAUUGAGAUAGCCCUCCCUCCCUGGCCAUGUACCAAGCAGGGAGGGGGGGACAAAAAAAAUGAAAUAUCGAAAAUAUUAAAAUAAUAUUAUAAUAAAAAAUAUAUAUUUAAUAAUAUUAAAAUAAAAUAAUAAAAAUGCCCUCGCCCCACCAAGGUUACACACACUACACAAACACACACACACACUCUGCAUCAUAUACACAAACACUGCAUUCACACAAACACACACUCUGCAUUAUAUACACACACACUGCAUUAUAUAUAUAUACACACUGCAUGCAUACAAACACACACACACACACACACACACACACACUCUGCAUUAUAUACACACACUGCAUUCAUACAAACACACACACACUCUGCAUUAUAUACACACACUGCAUUCAUACAAACACACACUCUGCAUUAUAUACACACACACUGCAUUCAUUAUAUACACACACAUUGCAUUCACACAAACACACACAUUCUGCUUUCAUUAUAUACACACACUACACACAAACACACACACACAAACACACUGCAUUCAUUAUACACACACACACACACACACACACACUGCAUUCAUUAUAUACACACACACACACACACAAACACACUGCAUUCAUUAUACACACACUACACACAAACACACACUGCAUUCAUUAUAUACACACACUGUAAAUACAUAUUUUUGGGGAUCUAAUUUUAUUUAGAAAUUUACCAGUAGCUUCUGCAUUUCCCACCCUAGGCUUAUACUCGAGUCCAGUUUUUUGUGGUAAAAUUAGGGGCCUCAGCUUAUAUUUGGGUCGGCUUAUACUCGAGUAUAUACGGAGUAGUAACAAUCUCAGUAAAAUACAUUUAAUUUAAAGGUUUAUAUAUAAUAAAAUAUAACAUUUCUAAGGUCUGAAUACAUAUUAAAGGUACUGAAUUUUUUUGCAGAGUAUCAUUUUUAUCAAGUUUAUUUGUUUCUGUUCUUUCUUUCUUAUUAUUUCUAGGCAAAAACUGGAUUAUUGAUGAAUUUGAUGGGGGUACUUCUUCUCAGUCUGGCCAUGAAUACCUGGGCAUCCAGUAUUUUUCAGCUGGGCACCUUUCCCGACUGGGUCCAUCUCCCGUCCAGUAAUAUCACCGGUCUUGCAGCGGGAAUACAGAAUGCCACCAUGGGUGGCUGAACACCUAAUUUAUGGGACGCUUCCGUCAGCUGGCAUUGGUAUAAAACAAGACACUAAGACACUAACAGCCUAACUUUUAAAGAAAGAGCACUUUCUUGUUACCGGUUCCAGUAACUAUAAAUCAGUCACUUUUAAAGCGUUACAGUUGUAUCGCCGCGCGUUUCGCAUUCUGUGAUGGAUUCAAAAUAUGAACAAUAACAGGGCUAUUUACUAAAGUGAGAAUUUCAAGUGAAUGUUAGAUUUAAGGACACAUAGCCAAACUGCAAAAAUGGUCUAUUCGCUUAUGCUUUCCUUAAAUUGUAAAUUUUCUUUGUAUUCACUUUAAAAAUCUCACUUUAGUUAAUAACUCUAUAAGCUGCUUGACUUGUUAAAGUCUAUAAUAAUGUUGACAGUCCUGAUUAUUAUUAUUAAAUUUUAUUUAUGAAGCUCUAACACACUCCCCAGCCAUGUACAUGGGUACAAUUAGUACAAGUAAAAAGACAAAGGUACUAUACACCUUGGACAAUGCCGGUGGCCAUAUGUGGUACUGUAGGUUUAGAAGAUACUUUGAAAAUGCAUAUUCUCUUUUCAGCUGCCUAAGAGUCCAUUGCAUAUCCGUCUCUAAAAUUGUUAGAAAAUCGUAUGGGUUGAUACUGUAAACACAAAAUAUUUUAAGAUAUUUUUAUAAGAAAUGUGUUAUUUGAUGCCCUCCAUUUCUCUUUAAUAUGGUAUUUAUCAAUCUCCCAUUUCUCGUAAUGUUUCUUAAAAUGCACCUAAACCCUUAUUUUCUGUAGAGUCAUUAAUUACCGAACACUGUUUUAAGACUUCCUCUUAAAUCUAUUGUUCCAAGACCAGAAAAAGUGCCCUUUUAGGUCUGUGUGCAAGUUUAUUUUAGAUUUGUGUGUAUAGCGAUUGUUUGAAAAACAUGUUGCUUUUUUUUUAAAUGUUAAUUUUUUUUAGUCUUUUGUAUUUACACCUGGUAACUUAAUGGUUCUGGGGUUGGCAGUAAAUUGCUGGAUCAUUACGACCUACCUCUGGUCUGUAAAAUGAGUUGGGAAAGUUUAGCUCCUCCCAGUCUUCACUUGGCUCCGCCCACGUACAAUGUUUCCAUUUUCAGAUGUUAGAGCAUAAGAGGCAUUUUUCUGUUAUAUUUUGCACUGUAUUCAAUGUGUUCCGUUUUUUUAUUCAGAUACCUCCAAACGCACAGGUUCCACUAACAAUCACUGAUUUUUGCUGCUGAAUAAUCUGAGCCUAUAGUAUGAUAUACAAAUUAAUUAUGGUCUGUUUCAGUGGUUGUGCAGAUAAUUUGUUACUCAACCCUAUGACACCUAUACGGUUCACAACGAAUGUAAAUCUUGUGUGUUAAUAAUAUAUAUUAUGUCGUAAAUCUAAACAUCCACUUUAAAUAAUUUUAUUGAUACAUUUUUUUAAGCCAUGGUAGUUUUGUAAUAUAUUUUAUUGUGUACAAUUGUAUGACAUAUUUCUUUGUAUAGGUCUAUUUUAUUGUAUUAAUAAAUGGAAGGAUGGUAGAUAAUUCAAUGACCUAUUUAAAGUAUGUCACACUUUUCGCACUGGGAUUUUUUCUCUACCAGCUCUGUGUCUGUGCUUGUAUUCGUUAAACGGGCCGAAACAUUUUAGAGCGUUUUGACAAAAAAAUUAACCCAUACCCUCUUCAGUCUCUUCAGUAUAGAAAAUAGACUUGGAGACUUGUAUAUGGUCUGCAAUUUGUCCGUAUUUGAGACAAUUGGGUGAUCAGUUGGUUUCCUAACCUCCAGGAACCAGUCGAAACAUGCAAUAGACAAGCAUGUUCGUGUUGAUUUGGGAUUGUGAAUUCUGCCCAUGGUGCCAAAUAUAUUUAAUAAAUAUAUAAUAUGUAAAUACAUAAAUAUAGAUUUUUUUCUACUCUCCUUUUUUCUGUAUUGGUUACUUUGUCUCAAUAGAUCUGUGAACCAAAUACUCCUAUCUGUGUACUGAAAACAUAUAUAUAAUAUUAUACUAUGUAUAUAUUUAGCUGGACACUGAUGACCUAUUUUGUUUUUUCUGAUCCAUUUCCCGAAUCGUUUUUUUGCUGCCGAAAUUCUGCCGAGCUAACCGACACAUGGCUGAAAUUCGGCUGUCCUGAAAAGAUGUUUUAUAUUUGCAAAAAUGUUCCGGCCGAACUGAAUUUUCUCACCAAGCAAGUCUAACAUAAAGCAGAAUUCUUCACUGACAAUAAGAAGGUGGAAAGAUCUGGGCGUAGGUUAAGAGAAUUAAAGGCCAAAAGAGUUGCACUGGGGAAAAAAAAUCCCCAUGCCAGCUAUGUUUUAGCUCAGCUUUUUUGGCCUCAAAUUUGCUAUUCCCUCGUGAAUUCUUCACAAUUCUCUGUUUAUUCAAUCUUGACUGUAUUGUAUUCUCUUUUUUCCUUGUAUUUGUAUUUUACAGUCCACAGCGCUGUUGCCUUUUCACCUUAUACUUAUUGUCUUAUUACUGAUAUUGUAUUUUCAGAUAUUUUCUGACCCCCCCAUGCAUUUUCCCCACUCCAUUUUGGUGGGAUAAGCAUUAUAUUUCAGUCUAGGUGUGAACUGGAGCAUUAUAUGGCUGAUGCCUUUUUGGUUUAAGGGAGAGAAGGUUUAGCACCAUAAUCACUUUAUAUUCCAAACAACUGUCAAUACAAAACCGACAUAAAAAACUGACAAACCAAUAGUGUUUUAUAUGUAUUUAUAAUAUAAAGGUUACUUCUGUAGGCAAAUAUUUUCCUUUUAAAUACUUGAAAACUGCAGCAAUGGCUGUAAUUCGCUUUCAGUGAAAGUAUUUAUUUUUCAAAUAAUCUGCCCUGGGCCCAGUUUUUACUUUGCGGAAUUUGUCUUGUUGUAAAAUAUGCUUUUUAAACACGUUUCGUGCAUUCUUAAAUCGUAAAACUCUUCUAAAACAACUAUAUGCUAGAAACAUGAAUUCCAAAUUGAAAUACCGAAUGGCAUAAUGACAUAAUCACAGAAUGGCGAUUUCAGACCGAAUUCUGCUGUUUGAAUUUCAGUUCUCUACGGUUAGAAGUUUAGUGAAUAAGUUCCUCAAAUGCAUUAGUUCUUUCUCUUGCAGUUGUGAUCUCUCAAACAAUAGACGUCACACAUUCUACACAUGUCAAUAAUUUCAAGAAUAACUUUAAAGGGACGCUAUAGAGUUAGGACUACAAACUCUAUAGUGUUCUCCUCAGCAGUUAGAUUCAGGCCCCCUGAAUCAAAUUUUUAAAAAAUAGAGAAAAAGAUUUAGUUUAGCAGUCCCUGUAGCUGUCCGAUAACGCUUUGUCCAGUGCCGUUUUCCUCCAAUCAGAUGUUCUCUUUGAAAGCAUUUGAGGAGGUUAGUUAUAAGAGCCGACACUAACUCUGUUAUCACAGUGGAAGGACAUCUAAUAGCUGUCAGGGGUGUCUUGUGGCAGGACUAAAAUGACUGAAUCCAGAUCACUUCAUUGAGAUCUGGGUGUCCCUUUAAAAUAAUAAAAACAAUUGUGAAAAUAUAUAAAUGAAUUGCAUGUUUUGGUACGAUAUUCUGAACUGGAUUGUUAUAAUCAAAAUAAGCAAGAAUGAAUCAAGUUGGCUGUGAACAACAAUUUAUACAUUUAUGUAGGUAAGAAAUGCAGAUGACAAAAAAAAAAUCAAAUUCUCCAUUUUAGCUGUAUUUAUAACCUCUCACCGUAGGCUAAACUUGUUGAAUUGGUGUUAGUAUGUGACCUGACAGAUUAUUAGCAAUUUUGGGAAAGGGUGUAUGAAAAACAUGCACGAAAAAAAAUUGAAAUAGCAAUUAUUCAAUUUUUAACACCUUAAGGACACAUGACGGAAAAAAUCCGUCAUGAUUCCAUUUUAUUUCUGAAGGUGUGUCCUUAAGGGGUUAAUUUUAAAAAUAAUGCAAUCUACUAAUCCGUUAAUUCUAUAGAAAGUUAUUGGCAAGUUUCCUAUAGUUACAAAUUAGAACUAUGCUACCAAAAAAUAGAUCUCACAACACAUAUUUCUACAGGAAUGUGUUAAAAUAAAAAUACUUAUUGUUUGUUAAUUUAACAUGGUAGAGCAGAUAUAUUUGGUAUGUUGAUUUUUGCUACUUGAAAUAUAGAGAGAAAACAUUAGAUGGAGCUAUUGACAUUUUUGACAUCCUGUUCAUUUUUACGAUAAUAUUUUCAGUUGCAGCUGGCUACUACGUAACCCUCCUUCGACUUAUAUAAGAUUUCUCAAUAAAGUUUGAAUGAAUGUUCCUUUCUCAAUGGUCCUUUAUACACUUUUGGCAGUUACAGUGCAUUGUAUUUUUACAAUUUCUAUUUUAUAAAUGCAAAACGUGUGUAUAUAUAUAUGUAUAGAAUUUUAUUGAUGACUUUGUGACACUGUGAUGAAUGACGAAACGUGAAAUAAAGUUUAUUGAUUGACCUGUGAAAUGCGUGGUCCCUUUCUCAGCCGUUGAUUAAUAAUGUAUAAAUCUGGGGAUGGUUAUGGGAUACUCUGAUAUUAUCAAAGAGAAAUUCUGCACUUUAAAUCUGAACCAUUUGAGGAAAAUCUGCUUUCUGCGUUUUACAACAUGUAGUAAUUGAUGUUGCAUAGGAGGUUUUCCUACCUUCCAAUGACUGUCAAGUGGGGCCUUUUCAUCUGAACAGAGACUAAUAGGGUAAUUCAAAGUGAAUUCAAAGUAAAUUUCAAAUCUAAGGUCAGAGUUUCUGAAUUCACAUUGAAUUAUGACUUUAGUGAAUAACCUUGUAAGUCUUGCCUGGUGUUGGGUAGAGAAACAAAAGAGCUGUUCAACACCCUAUGCAUGACGGAACUUGGGCACCCCCUAAUUUACAUUUGACCCACCCCUCCCUGUCAAGACCACACCUUCUUCUUAAAGACUAACACACACAUUGACUGACAGACACACAUGGACACACACACUCACUGACAAACACAUGCACUCAUUGAUUUAACACAAUCUGACAGACACAGACACAAUCACUCACUCACUCACAGACACCCUGACAGAUACACUCACUGACAGACACGCACCCACUCACUGACAUACACACAUAAUCACUCAGACACACAACCACCCACAUUCACUGAGAGACACUCUCUCACUCACUCACAGACACACUGACAGAUACACUCACACUCACUGACAUACACACAUAAUCACUCAGACACACAACGACCCACAUUCACUGACAGACACUCACUCACAGACACACAUUGACAGACAUACACACAUUCACUGAGUCACACAUGCUCACUCAGACACACAAACAUUCACUGACAGACACACACGCUCAUUCACAGACACUCACUGACAGACAUACACACUCAUUUCCACCCAACACUUAGAUAACUGUUUUUUGUUUUUUUAAAAUCCACCCAGCCUCCCUACCUUCAGGAGAGCUGGGUGGAUAUUUCUCACCUGUGGUCCAGUGGGGCUGCUGGGCUAGCUGAGGCCGGGCUGUUGGGUAGACAGGCAGGCAUGCGGCCAGUUCUGUUCCAGGCAGUCGGGAGCACAAAGCAUGCAGUGAGGGUGCUAAGCUCUUACUGCUCAGUUCCCUCGCGCGUCGCAGAAUAAUGCCGGGAGUCGGAGUGACUCCUUGCAUUACACUAGGGCGCGCGAGGGAGCUGUGGGCCCCCUGAGGCAUGCUUUGCGUGCCCGACCGCCUGGGACAGAACUGGCCGCAUGCCUCAGGGGGCCCACAGGUGACCCCUUAAAACGAGGCUAACAAGGUAUUUGCCUGGGCAUUUGGGGGCGGCAUUUUUUGCCUCCCCAUGGAAAGUGCCGCCAAAGGCAAAUGCCUUGUUAGCCUCGCAGAAGAUACAGCGCUGAUUACGUAGAGGAGUGUGAUGUCACCCUGGACUGGAAAUUACAUGGGAAUAAAAGUGUUUUAUAUUGAACUCUACAUCACAUAGCUCGGCAAACUCUUCCAUAGCGAUUACGGGUGAGAGGGACUAAGGCCUAGCCAAUUGUGUCAGAACAAACAUUAUUAUUUAUUCUAUAAACUCUGAAUUCUACUGAAUUGAAAUCCAAAUUUUAGGCAAAAAAAUAAAAAAAGCUGGAAAAUGUCUCCAACUAAGCUAUUAUAUGCUUAUAUUUCAGAUUACUGAAUAAUUCUGCAACAACACAUAUUUUAUGCUUUUUUUAAAGGACAAAAAUUACUUUAAUUUGAUGUAACAUUUACAUAUAUAAAUUAAAAUUAAUUGUAAAAAAUACAGACCCCUUCAAAUCUCCUGUCAGAUGGAACACUCAGUACUUUAAAUGUCUGUGCAGUGCUCACUUUGGGUGAGUACAUCAGUCAGCUCACCCAUCAAUGUGGGGACACUAAUUCUGGCCCCAGCUGACAGAGGGGUACCCAAUGCAUUUGAAUGAUACCCUGAGUUCCCCAGUUACCAGCAGGGGAACAGUCCCUGAUGGUAAAAUGUUGCUUGCAAAUUAUUCUGUCAUGGGUCCUUUAGGCUGGGAUAACCAUGAUAGAAUAAUUCCGUCAUUGGUCAGGAAGGAGUUAAUUAUUAUCCUCUCCCCCCCCUUGCUGCUUGCCCUUAGUCUCUAACAAAAACAGACAUUAUUUGUGAUGGCUGCUGGGACUGGACAAAGGUUGAUGGCAGAUUUCCAUUAUCCUCUCUACUUUAGUUCCCCCACUGCAUUAGGGUAAAAUGCGUGACUGCAUGGGGAGGCAGGGUCCAGCAGGGGCCAAGAAAAAAAUGCUUUGCCCAUGGUCCUAUUAAUAUUAUAGAUGGCUCUGAUCUAUGGUCAAUAUUUCAUAAAAAAAUAUAUCUUUAUGAAAUGGUAAAAAGUGAAAGAUUACUUAAAAUUUAGUAAUUCACUGUUAAUUCAUCUUGAAUCCUCACUUUAGUGAGUUACCCUAAUCAUACACCUGUGUAAUGAAUUGACUGAUUAGACUAAGCAUUGAAUGACAAGCCAAUUGUGGUACGUACUUCUCUGCAAUAGUAGGCCAUGGAUUGGCUGAGAGAUUUCAGCCAGUUCCUGGUUUCAAUUAAUGAAGGCAGUCAGUCAAGCAAAAAGGGCAAAAUCCUUGGAGAAUUCUGAGACACUCAGAUAUUAAUCUUGACAUUAAUUAUUUAUUGUUUUUAACACAUUUUGUAAUGGCUGCUUUAAUCAAGAGCAAUGCAUUCUCUUUCCCAGCAUAUUAGAUAAUGAACCAUGUGUGACUUAACACACCUCUCAAGUAUAUUACUUGUUCAUAUAUAGGGACUGUUGUCAUGUAGAUUUCCAAAUUGAAAAUAACAAUGUUUUAUUUUUAAAAUUGCAAUUGUCUCCCUCUGCAAGUAAAGCAGUUGUUCUAAUUCAGAAAUAAGAAUGAAAAAAUAAAUAAAUAAAUAUAUAUAUAGUAUAACAAUAUGCUCUUUGCCCACAAGGUGGCAGAAUCACUUCACCAUAUAUCAAUGUACAUUUUUCUGUAAUAUUAAGCUAAAAUGUAUCCCAGUAUCCCAAGUCUGAUUGACACGAUAGUAGGGGGAUAGGGAGAUAGAGAGACAUGGAAAUAGAGAGAUAUAGAGAUAGGGAGAUAUAUAGAUAGAGAAAUAGAUAGACACAGGGAGAUAGACAGACAGACAGACAGACAGGGAUAUAGGGAGAUAUAUAGAUAGAGAAAUAGAUAGAGACAGGAGAUAGACAGACAGACAGACAGACAGGGAGAUAGGGAGAUAUAUAGAUAGAGAAAUAGAUAGACACAGGGAGAUAGACAGACAGACAGGGAUAUAGGGAGAUAUAUAGAUAGAGAAAUAGAUAGAGACAGGAGAUAGACAGACAGACAGACAGACAGGGAGAUAGGGAGAUAUAUAGAUAGAGAAAUAGAUAGAGACAGGCAGACAGACAGAUAGAUAGAUAAAUAGAUAGAUAGAUUCAGACACAGACAGGCAGACAGGCAGACAGAUAGCAGAUAGAAUGUGUGUAUCACACAGCUCCAUGGAAAUAAACCUGGCAGCGGUGUAUUGUAUAUAAGUGAGGUAUUCACAGCACUGUGAAAAUAUCUCUAUCUACAGAUCUUCAAUAAUAUUUAUGGUAACAUACAGAAUAAAUGAUGAUAUUACGGUGUGAAUGGAUCCGUCACAGGAUUCUAUGGUAAUAGCAUUUAGCUGUACGCAAUGUAUUUGAUUGUACUUUUGAGUUCAACAGGAAUACAGCUCACAGUAAUGUGCAGUGCUUAUAAAUGUUUCACAGAGCUCCACAGCAGUAAACUCACAGUAUGCACAGUGUGAAUUUGUGCAUCACAGAGCUCCACAGCAAUAAAACUCACAGUAAUGUGCUGUUUGUAUAAGUCCUUCACAGAGCUCCACAACAUUAAACAUCAUAGUAAUGUGGUGUGUACAGGGCCAGUGUACAGAGCCAGGCAAAUUAGGCAGUCACCUAGGGCGCAAUGUUCUGGUGACCGACAGGAAGAGAGCGCUCUCCUCCUGCCAGUCACU